GUGAGAAGCGGAGAUUAUUACUUGUUUGAAAGUGACAGUGAAGAAGAGGAGGAAGAGGAAAGAGAGAAAAGAGAGGAAGAACUGCAGCCUCCCAAGAAGUCAGCGUUUCAGGUGAGGAAUAGAGCAUCGCUGACGUUUCUCUAACGUAGUCACCGGUAUUACUGUUGUGUGAAAUAUUAUAUUGUCAAUAUUGCCUAGUUUACUAUGAGAUCAUCUGUUGCUGCUAGGAAAAUGUAUCUUGUUCUUUUCCACUCGGACAUUUUCUUCAAUGUAAUCUAAUUCUGUUUUCUACUAACCACCACCUUGUAUCCCUCGUCUUCAGCGAGUUAUUGGGGAGUUUGCCUCAGCCCUUAUAGCUCUGCCCGGAUCUAUCAUUAAACUGACCAUCACCAUCCUUCAGUAUGUUCUCAGGGCAGCCAAGGUACCAAACAACAGAUUUAGCAUUUCCUCUUACCACAGCCUGUGUAGACUGUUUCCUGUGUCCUCAGCCUGUGUAGACUGUUUCCUGUGUCCUCAGCAUGUGUAGACUGUUUCCUGUGUCCUCAGCCUGUGUAGACUGUUUCCUGUGUCCUCAGCCUGUGUAUGCUGUUUCCUGUAUCCUCAGCCUGUGUAUGCUGUUUCCUGUGUCCUCAGCCUGUGUAUGCUGUUUCCUGUAUCCUCAGCCUGUGUAUGCUGUUUCCUGUAUCCACAGCCUGUGUAUGCUGUUUCCUGUGUCCUCAGCCUGUGUAUGCUGUUUCCUGUGUCCACAGCCUGUGUAGACUGUUUCCUGUGUCCUCAGCCUGUGUAGACUGUUUCCUGUGUCCUCAGCCUGUGUAGACUGUUUCCUGUGUCCUCAGCCUGUUAUGCUGUUUCCUGUAUCCUCAGCCUGUUAGCUGUUUCCUGUGUCCUCAGCCUGUGUAUGCUGUUUUCCUGUAUCCUCAGCCUGUGUAUGCUGUUUCUGUAUCCACAGCCUGUGUAUGCCGUUUCCUGUGUCCUCAGCCUGUGUAUGCGUUUCCUGUGUCCUCAGCCUGUGUAUGCUGUUUCUGUGUCCUCAGCCUGUGUAUGCUGUUUCUGUGUCCUCAGCCUGUGUAUGCUGUUUCCCCGUGUCCUCAGCCUGUGUAUGCUGUUUCAUGUGUCCUCAGCCUGUGGUAUGGUUCCUGUGUCCUCAGCCUGUGUCUGCUGUUUCCUGUGUCCUCAGCCUGUGUCUGCUGUUUCCUGUGUCCUCAGCCUGUGUAUACUGUUUCCUGUAUCCUCAGCCUGUGUCUGCUGUUUCCUGUGUCCUCAGCCUGUGUAUGCUGUUUCCUGUAUCCUCAGCCUGUGUAUGCUGUUUCCUGUGUCCUCAGCCUGUGUAUGCUGUUUCCUGUGUCCUCAGCCUGUGUCUGCUGUUUCCUGUGUCCUCAGCCUGUGUAGACUGUUUCCUGUGUCCUCAGCCUGUGUAGACUGUUUCCUGUGCCCUCAGCCUGUGUAUGCUGUUUCCUGUGUCCUCAGCCUGUGUAUGCUGUUUCCUGUGUCCUCAGCCUGUGUAUGCUGUUUCCUGUGUCCUCAGCCUGUGUAGACUGUUUCCUGUGUCCUCAGCAUGUGUAGACUGUUUCCUGUGUCCUCAGCCUGUGUAUGCUGUUUCCUGUGUCCUCAGCAUGUGUAGACUGUUUCCUGUGUUCUCAGCCUGUGUAUGCUGUUUCCUGUGUCCUCAGCAUGUGUAGACUGUUUCCUGUAUCCUCAGCAUGUUCUGUGUAGACUUGCUGUUGCAUUGAAGGCCAAUGCAUUUAUAACUAACUGUCUAUCCAUCCCAUGUUAUUUAUUUCCUUUCGGCACGGUAAUGUAGCUAAGGGCUGCCAACAAUUUCAAUUGAAAAGAUAGUCCAGAUGGAUCAGAAACAAUCACAUCCGAAACACAUGUGGGAUGGAAACAGGCUGAUCUGGAUGGCAUGUUUCUGAGGGAUUGUGAUCAGUUGGUUUGGAGAAGUUUGCAUGAACAGGAUCGAGCGUCUUCCGACAGGCCUCGGGAUAUGCAUCGAUGUAAUUUGUUACUUUUUGACAUCUUGAUGCGGUUUGCUCCAUUGCACUAUACUGAAUCUUGUUUUUAAAUAUUGACAUGUAGUCACAAGUAAGCCACAAGUAGGUCCACUAUAAGAACAUAGAUGAUGCCAUAAUUCAAACAUGUAGGUGGCUUCCUCUUUCGUACUAAUGUCCAGUGGAGCAAACCACUCUGUUGUUGUCAUCUUGUCUUUGGUCUGAUGUUAAUUGUUUCAAUAUGUGGGUUUUAAAGGGUCAACUAGUAAGGGGGAUACCUAGUCAGUUGUACAACUGAAUGCAUUCAACUGAAAUGUGUCUUCCACAUUUAACCCAACCCCUCUGAAUCAGAGAGGCGCGGGGGGGGGGGGGGGGGCUGCCUUAAAUCGACAUCAUCGGCGCCCGGGGAACAGCCUUGCUCAGGGGCAGAACGACAGAUGUUUACCUUGUCAGCUUGGGGAUUCGAUCCAGCAACCUUUACGGUUACUGGCUCAGCGUUCCUACCCGCCAGGCUACCUGCCACCCCAGGAGUCACUUGGCUUGCUGUUGCUCUUGUGCCUCUGACCGCUUUAUUGUGUCAUUCCUUUGAUUGGACUGAGUCCUAACUUGAAAUCAGUGUGCGUUUCUCAAGUUUUCGUACAAAUCUUCCGUCAGCAUCAACAGAUAGUUGGAGUUUAGCGCACACAUCUCAAAUGAGGAUCCGUCCCUUUAUGUUCAAACUCUAACAUUGUGCUUCCUGUACUGUACUGCCCCAGUUUGUCUACCAUGUCUGGAUAACAGACUCCAAGACAGCCAUGAAGGAACGAAGCAAAGGCAAGUUCUGGAAGAGGUACACGAAGAGAUACAAACACAAAAAGGACAAGAUGGAUGGUGAGUAUAAGUUCUGGAAGAGGCAGACCAAGAGAGACAAAAUAGUUCUGGAAGAGGUAGACCAAGAGAGACAAAAUAGUUCUGGAAGAGGUAGACCAAAAAAGACAAAAUAGUUCUGGAAGAGGCAGACCAAGAGAGACAAAAUAGUUCUGGAAGAGGCAGACCAAGAAAGACAAAAUAGUUCUGGAAGAGGCAGACCAAGAGAGACAAAAUAGUUCUGGAAGAGGCAGACCAAGAGAGACAAAAUAGUUCUGGAAGAGGUAGACCAAGAGAGACAAAAUACAGUGGGGGAAAAAAGUAUUUAGUCAGCCACCAAUUGUGCAAGUUCUCCCACUUAAUAAGAUGAGAGAGGCCUGUAAUGUUCAUCAUAGGUACACGUCAACUAUGACAGACAAAUUGAGGAAAAAAAAUCCAGAAAAUCACAUUGUAGGAUUUUUUAUGAAUUUAUUUACAAAUUAUGGUGGAAAAUAAGUAUUUGGUCACCUACAAACAAGCAAGAUUUCUGGCUCUCACAGACCUGUAACUUCUUCUUUAAGAGGCUCCUCUGUCCUCCACUCGUUACCUGUAUUAAUGGCACCUGUUUGAACUUGUUAUCAGUAUAAAAGACACCUGUCCACAAGUUCAAACAGUCACACUCCAAACUCCACUAUGGCCAAGACCAAAGAGCUGUCAAAGGACACCAGAAACAAAAUUGUAGACCUGCACCAGGCUGGGAAGACUGAAUCUGCAAUAGGUAAGCAGCUUGGUUUGAAGAAAUCAACUGUGGGAGCAAUUAUUAGGAAAUGGAAGACAUACAACACCACUGAUAAUCUCCCUCGAUCUGGGGCUCCACGCAAGAUCUCACCCUGUGGGGUCAAAAUGAUCACAAGAACGGUGAGCAAAAAUCCCAGAACCACACGGGGGGACCUAGUGAAUGACCUGCAGAGAGCUGGGACCAAAGUAACAAAGCCUACCAUCAGUAACACACUACGCCGCCAGGGACUCAAAUCCUGCAGUGCCAGACGUGUCCCCCUGCUUAAGCCAGUACAUGUCCAGGCCCGUCUGAAAUUUGCUAGAGUGCAUUUGGAUGAUCCAGAAGAGGAUUGGGAGAAUGUCAUAUGGUCAGAUGAAACCAAAAUAUAACUUUUUGGUAAAAACUCAACUCGUCAUGUUUGGAGGACAAAGAAUGCUGAGUUGCAUCCAAAGAACACCAUACCUACUGUGAAGCAUGGGGGUGGAAACAUCAUGCUUUAGGGCUGUUUUUCUGCAAAGGGACCAGGACGACUGAUCCGUGUAAAGGAAAGAAUGAAUGGGGCCAUGUAUCGUGAGAUUUUGAGUGAAAACCUCCUUCCAUCAGCAAGGGCAUUGAAGAUGAAACGUGGCUGGGUCUUUCAGCAUGACAAUGAUCCCAAACACAACCGCCCGGGCAACGAAGGAGUGGCUUUGUAAGAAGCAUUUCAAGGUCCUGGAGUGGCCUAGCCAGUCUCCAGAUCUCAACCCCAUAGAAAAUCUUUGGAGGGAGUUGAAAGUCCGUGUUGCCCAGCGACAGCCCCAAAACAUCACUGCUCUAGAGGAGAUUUGCAUGGAGGAAUGGGCCAAAAUACCAGCAACAGUGUGUGAAAACCUUGUGAAGACUUACAGAAAACGUUUGACCUGUGUCAUUGCCAACAAAGGGUAUAUAACAAAGUAUUGAGAAACUUUUGAUAUUGACCAAAUACUUAUUUUCCACCAUAAUUUGCAAAUAAAUUCAUUAAAAAUCCUACAAUGUGAUUUUCUGGAUUUUUUUUUCUCAUUUUGUCUGUCAUAGUUGACGUGUACCUAUGAUGAAAAUUACAGGCCUUUCUCAUCUUUAAGUGGGAGAACUUGCACAAUUGGUGGCUGACUAAAUACUUUUUUUCCCCACUGUAGUUCUGGAAGAGGCAGACCAAGAGAGACAAAAUAGUUCUGGAAGAGGCAGACCAAGAGAGACAAAAUAGUUCUGGAAGAGGUAGACCAAGAGAGACAAAAUAGUUCUGGAAGAGGCAGACCAAGAGAGACAAAAUAGUUCUGGAAGAGGUAGACCAAGAGACACAAACACAAGAAGGACAAGAAGGAAGGUAGGUUAAUCAGGGGUAGGGUUGUAAAAGUCCAGUAACUUUCCAAAAAGGUUUUCCAGAAAUCCCGUUUAGAGGAUUCCCCAAUUUCCUGCUUAUUCCAUCCUGAUUCUAAGAGAAACUCCAACCACAGGAUUUGUGGAAAACCUGUGAAUUUUGGGAAAGUUAGCAGAAUUUUGCAACCCUAACCAGAAGGGUAAACCAGAGUCAGUGUUUAUAAAGAAGCAGAUCAUCAGCAGAGACACACUUUAUUCUUGAUUACCAGUCUAUUCAUUUAUGUAAAUAAUGUACUGUAGAGGCCUUCAACCCUAUCAAAAGAGGCUUGGUUGCGAAAGUGAAAAGGAGGGGUGAGAGUGGGCAGCCCAGAAGGUCUAGUAGAAAGGGUACUUACUGCUCAUACAUACACAAUAAUUAUAAUCCACAUCUACAUUUUUUACAUUUUUAGUCAUUUAGCAGACGCUCUUAUCCAGAGCGACUCACAGGAGCAAUUAGGGUUAAGUGCCUUGCUCAAGGGCACAUCGACAGAUUUUUCACCUAGUCGGCUUGGGGGAUUAGAACCAGCGACCUUUCGGUUACUGGCCCAACGCUCUUAACCACUAAGCUACCUGCCACCGUCUACUGUAUGUUAUAUGUGCAUUAAGUUAUUGUUUUGUUGUGUUGUCCUCUGUAAGUUAUUGUUUUGUUGUGUUGUCCUCUAUACAGUAAGUUAUUGUUUUGUUGUGUUGUCCUCUAUAAGUUAUUGUGUUGUUGUGUUAUUCUCUGUAAGUUAUUGUUUUGUUUGUAUUUUCUGUAAGGUAUUGUUUUGUUGUGUUAUUCUCUGUAAGUUAUUGUUUUGUUGUGUUAUUCUCUGUGAGUUAUUGUUUUGUUGUGUUAUUUCUGUGAGUUAUUUUUUGUUGUGUUUGGACUCGAAGGUAAUUGUUUUGUUUGUGUUGUCCUCUAUACAGUAAUUAUUUGUUUUGUUGCUGUUCCUCUCUACAGUAAGUUAUGUUUUGUUGUGUUGUCCUCUAUUACAGUAGUUAUUGUUUUUGUUUGUGUUGUCCUCAUAUAUACAGUAAGUUAUUGUUUCUUUUGUUGUGUUGUCCUCUAUACAGUUAAGUUAUUGUUUUGUUGUUUGUCCUCUAUACAGUAAGUUAUUGUUUGUUGUGUUGUCCUCUAUACAUAAGUUAUUGUUUUGUUGUGUUGUCCUCUAUACAGUAAAGUUUAUUGUUUUGUUGUGUUGUCCUCCUAUACCAGUAAGUUAUUGUUUGUGUGUUGUCCUCUAUACAGUAAGUUAUUGUUUUGUUGUGUUGUCCUCUAUACAGUAAGUUAUUGUUUUGUUGUGUUGUCCUCUAUACAGUAAGUUAUUGUUUUGUUGUGUUGUCCUCUAUACAGUAAGUUAUUGUUUUGUUGUGUUGUCCUCUAUACAGUAAGUAUUGUUUGUUGUGUUGUCCUCUAUACAGUAAGUUAUUGUUUUGUUGUGUUGUCCUCUAUACAGUAAGUUAUUGUUUUGUUGUGUUGUCCUCUAUACAGUAAGUUAUUGUGUUGUUGUGUUGUCCUCUAUACAGUACGUUAUUGUGUUGUUGUGUUAUUUUCUGUAAGUUAUUGUGUUGUUGUGUUAUUCUCUGUAAGUUAUUGUGUUGUUAUGUUAUUCUCUAUACAGUAAGUUAUUGUUUUGUUGUGUUGUCCUCUAUACAGUAAGUUAUCGUGUUGUUGUGUUAUUCUGUAGGUCAUGUGACUAUAGAGUUAGGCGAGACAGAGGAGGAUCAGAAGGGAGGAGAGGAGGAGAAGUCUGAUGGACCAGGUGGGUACCACAGCCCAUUUUGAAAUACUGUAGUAUAUUGAAGCAAUAAGGCCCGAGGGAGUGUGGUAUAUGGCCAAUAUACCACGGCUAAGGGCUGUUCUUAUGCACGACGCAACGCAGAGUGCCUGGACACAUCCCUUAGCCGUGGUAUAUUGGCCAUAUACCACAAACCCCCGAGGUGCCUUAUUGCUAUUAUAAACUGGUUACCAACGUUAUUAGAGCAGUAGACAAGUAGUUAUGUGUCAAACCCAUGGUAUAUUGUCUGAUAUACCACGGCUUUCAGCCAAUCAGCAUCCAGGAGCCAAACUACCCGGUUUAUAAUUAUAUCCAAAACACAUGGAGAGACAAUGACCAACCUCGAUUCAAUACAAAACAUUUAAAUACAUAUAUUAUACAUUAUCCUUAAUAUAGUUUACUCAGAGUCUAUGAUAGUCAAUAACAAUGUGAACGUGAGCGUGGAUGUUAUGGCUACUUUAGUUGAAUGGACUGAUGUUAUGGCUACUUUAGUUGAAUGGACUGAUGUUAUGGCUACUUUAGUUGAAUGGACUGAUGUUACGGCUACUUUAGUUGAAUGGACUGAUGUUAUGGCUACUUUAGUUGAAUGGACUGAUGUUAUGGAUAGUUUAGUUGAAUGGACUGAUGUUAUGGCUACUUUAGUUGAAUGGACUGAUGUUAUGGCUACUUUAGUUGAAUGGACUGAUGUUAUGGCUACUUUAGUUGAAUGGACUGAUGUUAUGGCUACCUUAGUUGAAUGGACUGAUGUUAUGGCUACUUUAGUUGAAUGGACUGAUGUUAUGGCUACUUUAGUUGAAUGGACUGAUGUUAUGGAUACUUUAGUUGAAUGGACUGAUGUUAUGGAUACUUUAGUUGAAUGGACUGAUGUUAUGGCUACUUUAGUUGAAUGGACUGAUGUUAUGGAUACUUUAGUUGAAUGGACUGAUGUUAUGGCUACUUUAGUUGAAUGGACUGAUGUUAUGGAUAGUUUAGUUGAAUGGACUGAUGUUAUGGCUACUUUAGUUGAAUGGACUGAUGUUAUGGAUAGUUUAGUUGAAUGGACUGAUGUUAUGGAUAGUUUAGUUGAAUGGACUGAUGUUAUGGCUACUUUAGUUGAAUGGACUGAUGUUAUGGAUACUUUAGUUGAAUGGACUGAUGUUAUGGAUAGUUUAGUUGAAUGGACUGAUGUUAUGGAUAGUUUAGUUGAAUGGACUGAUGUUAUGGAUAGUUUAGUUGAAUGGACUGAUGUUAUGGAUAGUUUAGUUGAAUGGACUGAUGUUAUGGCUACUUUAGUUGAAUGGACUGAUGUUAUGGCUACUUUAGUUGAAUGGACUGACGUUAUGGCUACUUUAGUUGAAUGGACUGAUGUUAUGGCUACUUUAGUUGAAUGGACUGAUGUUAUGGCUACUUUAGUUGAAUGGACUGAUGUUAUGGAUGGUUUAGUUGAAUGGACUGAUGUUAUGGAUAGUUUAGUUGAAUGGACUGAUGUUAUGGCUACUUUAGUUGAAUGGACUGAUUGGACUGAUGUUAUGGCUACUUUAGUUGAAUGGACUGAUGUUAUGGCUACUUUAGUUGAAUGGACUGAUGUUAUGGCUACUUUAGUUGAAUGGACUGAUGUUAUGGCUACUUUAGUUGAAUGGACUGAUGUUAUGGCUACUUUAGUUGAAUGGACUGACGUUACGGCUACUUUAGUUGAAUGGACUGACGUUAUGGCUACUUUAGUUGAAUGGACUGAUGUUAUGGCUACUUUAGUUAAAUGGAAUGAUGUUAUGGCUACUUUAGUUGAAUGGACUGAUGUUAUGGCUACUUUAGUUGAAUGGACUGAUGUUAUGGCUACUUUAGUUGAAUGGACUGAUGUUAUGGCUACUUUAGUUGAAUGUACUGAUGUUAUGGCUACUUUAGUUGAAUGGACUGAUGUUAUGGCUACUUUAGUUGAAUGGACUGAUGUUAUGGCUACUUUAGUUGAAUGGACUGAUGUUAUGGCUACUUUAGUUGAAUGGACUGAUGUUACGGCUACUUUAGUUGAAUGGACUGAUGUUACGGCUACUUUAGUUGAAUGGACUGAUGUUACGGCUACUUUAGUUGAAUGGACUGAUGUUAUGGCUACUUUAGUUGAAUGGAUUGAUGUUAUGGCUACUUUAGUUGAAUGGACUGAUGUUAUGGCUACUUUAGUUGAAUGGACUGAUGUUAUGGCUACUUUAGUUGAAUGGACUGAUGUUAUGGCUACUUUAGUUGAAUGGACUGAUGUUAUGGCUACUUUAGUUGAAUGGACUGAUGUUAUGGAUAGUUUAGUUGAAUGGACUGAUGUUAUGGAUAGUUUAGUUGAAUGGACUGAUGUUAUGGAUAGUUUAGUUGAAUGGACUGAUGUUAUGGAUAGUUUAGUUGAAUGGACUGAUGUUAUGGCUACUUUAGUUGAAUGGACUGACGUUAUGGCUACUUUAGUUGAAUGGACUGACGUUAUGGCUACUUUAGUUGAAUGGACUCAUGUUAUGGCUACUUUAGUUGAAUGGACUGAUGUUAUGGCUACUUUAGUUGAAUGGACUGAUGUUAUGGCUACUUUAGUUGAAUGGACUGAUGUUAUGGCUACUUUAGUUAAAUGGACUGAUGUAAUGGCUACUUUAGUUGAAUGGACUGAUGUUAUGGCUACUUUAGUUGAAUGGACUGAUGUUAUGGCUACUUUAGUUGAAUGGACUGAUGUUACGGCUACUUUAGUUGAAUGGACUGAUGUUAUGGCUACUUUAGUUGAAUGGACUGAUGUUAUGGCUACUUUAGUUGAAUGGACUGAUGUUAUGGCUACUUUAGUUGAAUGGACUGAUGUUAUGGCUACUUUAGUUGAAUGGACUGAUGUUAUGGCUACUUUAGUUGAAUGGACUGAUGUUAUGGCUACUUUAGUUGAAUGGACUGAUGUUAUGGCUACUUUAGUUGAAUGGACUGAUGUUAUGGCUACUUUAGUUGAAUGGACUGAUGUUAUGGCUACUUUAGUUGAAUGGACUGAUGUUAUGGAUAGUUUAGUUGAAUGGACUGAUGUUAUGGCUACUUUAGUUGAAUGGACUGAUGUUACGGCUACUUUAGUUGAAUGGACUGAUGUUAUGGCUACUUUAGUUGAAUGGACUGAUGUUAUGGCUACUUUAGUUGAAUGGACUGAUGUUACGGCUACUUUAGUUGAAUGGACUGACGUUAUGGCUACUUUAGUUGAAUGGACUGAUGUUAUGGCUACUUUAGUUGAAUGGACUGAUGAUAUGGCUACUUUAGUUGAAUGGACUGAUGUUAUGGCUACUUUAGUUGAAUGGACUGAUGUUAUGGCUACUUUAGUUGAAUGGACUGAUGUUAUGGCUACUUUAGUUGAAUGGACUGAUGUUAUGGCUACUUUAGUUGAAUGGACUGAUGUUACGGCUACUUUAGUUGAAUGGACUGACAUUAUGGUUACUUUAGUGGAAAUGAUUGAUUGUAAGUCACUUUGACUAAGAGUCUAUGGUAAAUGUAACUUCUCUUCCACGUCCCAGCAGACAACGUCCUGAAGCGAGUGUUCGACGUCGUCAAGUUCACCUGGGCGUUGUUCCAGACCGCGGUGGAGAGCUUCACCAAGUGGAUGAACAACGUGUGUAGAGAACACCAAGACAUCUCCACCGUGCUGCGCAUUGAGAGAUGCAUGCUCACUAGAGAGGUCAAAAAGGUAGUGACCUGCUACUGUCGCUCUCUCUCUGUCUGUCUUUGAGUUUUUUUAUUUUACACACUUAUAAAUAGUUACGUUUUGACUUUAAUAUACAACAAACUAUCAAAAUAGAGAAUUAAGUGAUGAUCUUGAUCCUAACCAUCAAACCUCUCCCCAGGGUAACGCCCCGUCCAGAAAGACUAUCCAUGUGUUCUACCAGAAGCAUGAAUCAAUGACAACAUAUAUAACCUACAGUCCAUUGGGAAAGUAUUCAGACCCCUUGACUUUCUCCACAAUUUGUUACGUUACAGCCUUAUUCUAAAAUUGAUUAAAUUGUUUUUUUCCCCUCAUCAAUCUACACACAAUACCGCAUAAUGACAAAGCAAAAACUAGUUUUUAGACAUUUUUGCUAAUUUAUUAAAAAUAAAAAACAGAAAUAUGACAUUUACAUAAGUAUUCAGACCCUUUACUCAGUACUUUGUUGAAGCACCUUUGGCAGCGAUUACAGCCUCGAGUCUUCUUGGGUAUGAUGCUACAAGCUUGGCACACCUGUAUUUGGGGAGUUUCUCCCAUUCUUCUCUGAAGAUCCUCUCACGCUCUGUCAGGUUGGAUGGGGAGCUCUGGAGCACUGUCAGAGUGACCAUCGGGUUCUUGGUCACCUCCCUGACCAAGGCCCUUCUUCCCCGAUUGCUCAGUUUGUCCGGGCGGCCAGCUCUAGGAAGAGUCUUGGUGGUUCCAAACUUAUUUCAUUUAAGAAUGAUGGAGGCCACUGUGUUCUUGGACAUUCAAUGCUGCAGAAAUGUUUUGGUACCCUUUCCCAGAUCUGUACCUCGACACAAUCCUGUCUCGGAGCUCUACGGACAAUUCCUUCGACCUCAUGGCUUGGUUUUUGCUCUGACAUGCACUGUCAACUGUGGGACCUUAUAUAGACAGGUGUGUGCCUUUCCAAAUCAUGUCCAAUCAAUUGAAUUCACCACAGGUGGACUCCAGUCAAGUUGUAGAAACAUCUCAAGGAUGAUCAAUGGAAACAGGAUGCACCUGAACUCAAUUUCGAGUCUCAUAACAAAGGGUCUGAAUACUUAUGUAAAUAAGAUAUUUCUGUUUUUCGCUUCGUCAUAAUGGGAUAUUGUGUGUAGAUUGAUGAGGGACAAAAAUAUUUAAUCCAUUUUAGAAUAAGGCCGUAACGUAGCAAAAUGUGAAAAAGGGAAGGGGUCUGAAUACUUUACGAAUGCACUGUAUAUGUAACCUGUUUUAAUGUUAAGGUAUAACUCCCCUGAAGGGUAACGUCCCGUGCAGAGAAAGUAUCCAUGUGUUCUACCAGAAGCAGAUGAAUCAACGACAACAUAUUGAAUAACCUAUAUGUAACCUAUAUUAAUGUAUAACUCCCCUGCAGGGUAACGUCCCGUCCAGAGAAAGUAUCCAUGUGUUCUACCAGAAGCAGAUGAAUCAACGACAACAUAUUGAAUAACCUAUAUGUAACCUAUAUUAAUGUAUAACUCCCCUGCAGGGUAACGUCCCGUCCAGAGAAAGUAUCCAUGCGUUCUACCAGAAGCAGAUGAAUAUGAACACGUCGCGGGGGUCCAGUCUGGACUGGCUCAGUGAGGGGGGGUCUCACAGGGUCCGGAGAAGGAGAGACGGCUAUCGCAUGGAGAGCCAGGACUCCAUUGCAUCUAUGGCCUCCAGGGAUAGUAUAUCCAGGUAAGUGUAUGGUAUGUCAACUAUACCUGCAUGAUGAAUAUCUCCCAGAGACAGCGUAUCUUCCAGAGACAGCGUAUCUCCCAGAGACAGCGUAUCUCCCAGAGACAGCGUAUCUUCCAGAGACAGCGUAUCUUCCAGAGACAGCGUAUCUUCCAGAGACAGCGUAUCUUCCAGAGACAGCAUAUCUUCCAGAGACAGCAUAUCUAUUAGAAUCCCUGGAGCGGCAGGUAGCUUAGUGGUUAAGAGCGUUGUGCCAGUAACCGAAAGGUCGCUGGUUCUAAUCCCCGAGCCGACUAGGUGAAAAAUCUGUCGAUGUGCCCUUGAGCAAGGCACUUAACCCUAAUUGCUCCUGUAAGUCGCUCUGGAUAAGAGCGUAUGCUAAAUGACGUAAAAUGUAAAAAAAUGAAUCCUAUGUGAAAGGAGUAUUACAAUACAACGCUGACAAAAAGUAUUUGCCCCCUUUCUGAUUUUCUCUAUUUUUGAUACCGAACGUUAUCAGAUCUUCAACCAAAACCUAAUAUUAGAUAAAGGGAACCUGAGUUUACAAAAGAAUAAAAAUAAUGAUACUUAUAUAUUUAUUUAAUUAACACAGUUAUGCAAAGUUAUGCAACACCCAAUGCCCCUGUGUGAAAAAGUAAUUGCCCCCUUACACUCAAUAACUGGUUGUGCCACCUUUAGCUGCAAUGACUGCAACCAAAUGCUUCCUGUAGUUGUUGAUCAGUCUCUCACGUCGCUGUGGAGGAAUUUUGGCCCACUCUUGCAUACAGAACUGCUUUAACUCAACAACAUUUGUGGGUUUUCAAGCAUGAGCUGCUCGUUUCAAGUCUUUGCCACAACAUCUUGACCGUUGGUAUGAGGUUCUUAAUGUGGAAUGACGCUCGUAUUCCAAGCUCUUUUGACUCGUUUUGAGUUUUGGUUCACUAAAGUCUAUUGGACUAAGUUCCUGCGUCCUGCGCUUGAUUCCUGCACCACACCUUCACAGCACACCUUCUGACAGCCAGACAUAAAUGGGACACAUCUCAUCCAAAAAGUUGACUCAAGUUUGCGUAAAAAGAACCUGGAAGCACUUGCAUGAUCAUCAAGACUUGGAAGAAUGUUCUAUGGACAGAUGAGUCAAAUGUAUAACUUUUUGGACGACAUGGGUCCCAUUAUGACUGGCGAAAACCAAACUCUGCAUUCCACAGUAAGAACAUCAUACCAAAGGUCAAGCAUGGUGGUGGUGGUGUGAUGGUUUGGGGUUGCUUUGCUGCCUCAGGACCUGGACGACUUGCCUUAAUAGAAGGAACCAUGAAUUCUGCUCUGUAUCAGAGAAUUCUACAGGAGAAUGUCAGACCAUCCGUCUGUGAGCUGAAGCUGAAGCACAGCUGGGUCAUGCAGCAAGACAAUGAUCCAAAACACACAAUCAAGUCUACAUGAAAAUUGCUAAAAAGCAACAAAUUGGACGUUUUGGAAUGGCCUAGUCAAAGUCCAGACCUAAUCCCAAUUGAGAUGUUGUGGCAGGACUUGAAACGAGCAGUUCAUGCUUGAAAACCCACAAAUGUCGCUGAGUUAAAGCAGUUCUGCAUGGAAGAGUGGGCCAAAAUUCCUCCACAGUGACGUGAGAGACUAAUCAACAACUACAGGAAGCGUUUGGUUGGAGUCAUUUCAGCUAAAGGUGGCACAACCAGUUAUUGAAUGUAAUGGGGCAAUUACUUUUUCACACAGGGGAAUUGGGUGUUGCAUAACUUUGUUUAUGAAAUAAAUUAAAUAAGUAUGUAAUUGUUGUGUUAUUUGUUCACUCAGGUUCCGUUUAUCUAAUAUUAGGUUUUGGUUGAAGAUUUAGUAUAAAAAAAUAUGCGAAAGUAGAGAAAUUUAGAAAAGGGGGCAAAUACUUUUUUCACAGCACCGUAUCUUCCGGAGACCGAGCAGAGUGCUUGAGAUAUCCUAUUAUUACCUUCCAUAUGUUCAGUAUCUUCAGCAGGGAGGAUACAGGCUGAGGGAUGAGGAAUCGCAUUCUACAUUCUGCCAUUACCUCCCCACUAACUUCACCAUUUGGAAACCUCCACUUCGUUAGCUGUGCCAUGUGGAAGCCAUGUUGUAACCAUGAUGUCAUUCCACUCCUUUAUUUCCCAUGUCUCCAUCUCUCUAUCCCAUCAGUGCCUACACUGAGGCCACCAUGCUGUUCUCCCGCCAAGACACGCUGGACGAGCUGGACGGAAUGCCGUCAGACGUUCCCAUUCCCAAAACCAGCGAUCGUGCCCGGCCCAAACUCCAUAAGAUUUACGGCCUGGACGCCUCCAAGUCGACUGACAGCAGCAGCAGCCAAGUGUCCAGGUGCCAGGUCCAAGCCAAAAACCUCCUCUUCCUCCUCCUCUUCCUCCUCUUCCUCCUCUUCCUCUUCCUCUUCCUCCUCCUCUUCCUCCUCUUCCUCCUCAUCUUCCUCUUCCUCCUCCUCUUCCUCCUCCUCCUCUUCUUCCUCCUCCUCCUCUUCCUCAUCAUCUUCCUCCUCUUCCUCCUCUUCCUCCUCUUCCUCCUCUUCCUCCUCCUCCUCCUCUUCCUCCUCCUACUCCCCUUCCUCCUCCUCCUCUUCCUCCUCCUCCUCCUCUUCCUCCCCUCGAACCCAUUUUGUGUUUAUGUGUUGCUUAUUAUAACUUAUCAUCAUUACAUGUGGUUUGUCAGUCAUCUUUAUAAACGUUGUUUCUGUUCCUCAAACUUCACAAACUACUGUCAAUAUACAUUUUGGGAUUAAUAGGACUAUUUAUGCCCUUCACAUUGAAUGAGAUCAAUGUCAGAUUGUCAGUCAUGCUUGUCAGUCAUGCUUGCUGUUCUCUCAACCAAAGUUUGAAACUACACAAUGAUACAUUGGGCUGUUGAGUGAGUGUCACCCAAUUACUCUCAACUUUGUGAAUACAGUACUGAGCAUCGACAGUAACCAGUAUCUUUGUGAAUACAGUACAGAGCAUCGACAGUAACCAGUAACUUUGUGAAUACUUAGUGUUUGUCUGUCUGUUGUUUGUCUGUCUGUCUGUCCCCCACAGCGAGGCGACUCAGUGCAUCACUCUCUACUCACGGCAGGGCACCACUGACACCAUCGAGGAGGUGGAGGACGAACAGGACCAGGGGGAGGACAGGCAGCACGGACCCUGGGGACCCCCACAUCCGGAGGCAGAGGGGGCUGAGGGUACACCCUGGUGGAGGGGUGGUGGAGAGACCACGGAGGAGGAGAGGGACCAGGGCCAGGGGGAUCCAUGGGGGUCUCCAGGCCCAGGGGAGGGCCCCUCCUUCAGGGUAGACGGUCCAACCUCGACACUCCUGGCCCUUCCACCAGGGUCCCAGGACUGUACCACUGACAGUGACGAUGGGGGUGUCCGGCAGGAGUACCUGAACACAGAGGAAUGGGACUGGGCGGGUCAGCUGUACACCCCAAACACCUCGGACGCCCCAAACACCUCGGACGCCCCAAACACCUCGGACGCUGACGUGUCUCCCAGCUACAGCAAGGUUGGUUGUCUAUGUCCCUUGUCACACUGAGCCGGGUUCCGACUUUUUCCUGGCCACUGCUUUCACUUCUGCUUUGCUUGCUUUUUGGGGUCGGGCCGGGUUACUGCAAAGCACUUUGUGACAACUGCUGAUGUUAAAACGGCUUUUAUAAAAAAUACAUUUGAUUGAUUGAUUUAUAAUUUGAUUGCUCACACAGCAGCACUUGGUGAUUUGUAGUAUAAUGAAAAGUGUAAACUAAAUAUAUUAUUAUUAUUAUUUUGUUAUUAAGGCGGUGAGCUUCGACCGUCUGGAGGUGACUGAUGAUGAUGAUGAUGAUGAGAGGAUGAUGGUGAUGACCCCUGACACCAGCCGGUCAGACUAUAUGGACGAUCCCCUGCUGCCCUCACUGACCUCUGAGCUCACCGCCAGCGAGCUGCUGCUCAACAAGUAAGUGGAUAAGACACUGUCUAUUCUAGAUAAAAUAGAACUCGUCUAUACAGUGGAAUUGAGUACAAUAGGACAGUACUUGCCAACCAUUUUUUGAACUGUGGCACACCUUGAUUUGGUUAAAACAUUUUGCAGCACAUCUAAAAUGUCCCUAUUUAUUAAUUUAGUGGUAAUGACUUCCAUCUCAUCUGAUCCAUACUGCAAAUCAUCUAUUUUCUGUGACAAAGAUUUAAUGGGGUUUAUUUGAACUAUUGUCAUAGUUCCUUACUCAUAAUGACUCAUUUCCACUUUAAGAGCCUCCCACAAAUCUGCACAAAAAAAAUACACAACGUGGCCAAAAGUAUGUGGACACCGGUUCGUCAAACAUCUAAUUCCGAAAUCAUGGGCAUUAAUAUGGAAUUUGUCCCCCCUUUGCUGCUAUAACAGCCUCCACUCUUCUGGGAAGGCUUUCCACUAGAUGUUGGAACAUUGCUGCGGGGACUUGCUUCCAUUCAGCCACAAGAGCAUUAGUGAGGUCGGACACUGAUGUUGGGCGAUUAGGCCUGGCUCGCAGUCGGCGUUCCAAUUCAUCCCAAAGGUGUUCGAUGGGGUUGAGGUCAGGGCUCUGUGCAGGCCAGUCAAGUUCUUCCACACCUAUCUCGACAAACCAUUUCUGUAUGAACCUCGCUUUGUGCACAGGGGCAUUGUCAUUCUGAAACAGGAAAGGGCCUUCCCCAAACUGUUGCCACAAAGUUGGAAGCACAGAAUCAUCUAGAAUGUCAUUGUAUGCUGUAGCGUUAAGAUUUCCCUUCACUGGAACUAAGGGGCCUAGCCCGAACCAUGAAAAACAGCCCCAGACCAUUAUUCCUCCUCCAUCAAACUUUACAGUUGGCACUAUGCAUUGGGGCAGGUAGAGUUCUCCUGGCAUCUGCCAAACCCAGAUUUGACCGUCGGACUGCCAGAUGAUGAAUCGUGAUUCAUCACUCCAGAGAACACGUUUCCACUGCUCCAGAGUCCAAUGGCGGCAAGCUUUAUACCACUCCAGCCAAAGCUUGGCAUUGCUUGUGUGCGGCUGCUCGGCCAUGGAAACCCAUUUCAUGAAGCUCCCGACGAGCAGUUCCUGUGCUGACGUUGCUUCCAGAGGCAGUUUGGAACUCGGUAGUGAGUGUUGCAACCGAGGACAGACGAUUUUUACGCACUACACGCUUCAGCUUGAAAGACACUGAGCUCUUCAGUAAGGCCAUUCUACUGCCAAUGUUUGUCUAUGGAGAUUGCAUGGCUGUGUGCUCGAUUUUAUACACCUGUCAGCAUGGGUGUAGCUGAAAUUGCCGAAUCCACUCAUUUGAAGGGGUGUCCACAUACUUUAGUGUAUUUUUUUUAUAGCUCUGGUAAUAUAGGUCUUUCAUUUUGAACAGUUUGGGCUAGAGACGAGUGGUUUUCUGCAUUUUAAACAUGUAACCACAGACACAAACCUCCGUUUGUUUCUAUAGCAGAGGCUGUGGUCCAGCUAAGCCUCAUCAGACUUGCUUGUGCUAACAGUUCUCACAGGGGAAGUGAAAUGAUACUAAUUACUUUGCUUGUGUUGCGCGCUCCUCAAAUGAUACUAAUUAUUUUGCUUGUGUUGCGCGCUCCUCAAAUGAUACUAAUUAUUUUUGCUUGUGUUGCGCGCUCCUCAAAUGAUACUAAUUAUUUUGCUUGUGUUGCGCGCUCCUCAAAUGAUACUAAUUAUUUUGCUUGUGAUGCGCGCUCCUCAAAUGAUACUAAUUAUUUUGCUUGUGUUGCGCGCUCCUCAAAUGAUACUAAUUAUUUUGCUUGUGUUGCGCGCUCCUCAAAUGAUACUAAUUAUUUUGCUUUUGUUGCGCGCUCCUCAAAUGAUACUAAUUAUUUUGCUUGUGAUGCGCGCUCCUGAAAUGAUACUAAUUAUUUUGCUUGUGUUGCGCGCUCCUCAAAUGAUACUAAUUACUUUGCUUGUGUUGCGCGCUCCUCAAAUGAUACUAAUUAUUUUGCUUGUGUUGCGCGCUCCUCAAAUGAUACUAAUUACUUUGCUUGUGUUGCGCGCUCCUCAAAUGAUACUAAUUAUUUUGCUUGUGUUGCGCGCUCCUCAAAUGAUACUAACGUAACAACGGUCUGAGCACACUGGACUGUUUAACAACCACACAGACGGAACCAUGUGGCAUUUUAAUGUUUUAUCUGACCACCACUAGUGCUCCCAAGUCAACAGUCCAUGUGCAUUCCACAGGGUCACAUUUUAUAAGUGAGUGUUCAUUAUUUUUUUUAUUUUUUUUUCAAGAUUAGGAAAGGUUUUGCGGCCUGAGACUUUCCUCAAAGCACAACAGUGUGCUGCGACACCGCGGUUGAAAACCACCGCUAUAGAGGAUGGUGGAACACAUGACUACCUGAAAUUAUGCUUCAUUUGUUAUCAAAUUUAAUUCAAUUACUUCCUACGCAAAACCUUAGGGUCCAUGAUUCUAAUGGGAAACAUUCACACCUCCAUCCUAGCUUGGUCGCCGGAUCUUUUAACUCUUUAGCUAAUAUCCCCCGCCCCCCCCCCCCACCCCCCUCCAUCAGGAUGUUCCAUAAUGAGGAGUUGGAGCGGUCCGACCGGUUCUACGCGGGCCAGCCACUGGCGUUCCAGUUGGUCUACGCCCUGUACAACAUGCUGGUGGCCCACUCUGAGAUGGUGUGUUACCUGGUCAUCAUCCUCAACAACAUGCAUUCAGCCUCCUGCAUCACCCUGGUCCUCCCCAUCCUCAUCUUCCUCUGGGCCAUGCUGUCGGUGCCCAGACCCAGUAAGAGGUUCUGGAUGACCGCCAUCGUUUACACCGAGGUAACGGAGCACUGCGUCCCAAACAGUACCCUAUUCUCUAGUUAGUGCACUACUUUUAGCCAGGGCGCAUAGGGCUCUGGUCAAAAGUAGUGCACUAUAUAAGGACUAGGGUGCCAUUCUCUGGUCUAAAGUAGUGCACUAUAUAGGGAAUAGGGUGCCAUUCUCUGGUCUAAAGUAGUGCACUAUAUAAGGGACUAGGGUGCCAUUCUCUGGUCUAAAGUAGUGCACUAUAUAAGGACUAGGGUGCCAUUCUCUGGUCUAAAGUAGUGCACUAUAUAGGGAAUAGGGUGCCAUUCUCUGGUCUAAAGUAGUGCACUAUAUAGGGAAUAGGGUGCCAUUCUCUGGUCUAAAGUAGUGCACUAUAUAAGGACUAGGGUGCCAUUCUCUGGUCUAAAGUAGUGCACUAUAUAGGGAAUAGGGUGCCAUUCUCUGGUCUAAAGUAGUGCACUAUAUAGGGAAUAGGGUACCAUUUGGGACUCAGGCUAGAUAAUAAUGUAUAUUGCUAUACGCUACACAGAGCUACUGCCCAGUAAACACAUGACACUGCUAUAGUCUGUGACAGACAGGUCCCACGGCCGAGCUAGAGGUUUUGAAAGACCGCCAUUGUACACUGGCGUAUGGGAUGGCAUUAUCUUAAUAUAAUUUACAUGCAGGUACUUUCUAUGAUAGUUUACUUUACAAUUCUUUAGUUGAAUAUGUAUUGUCUGUGCACCGUGUUAAUCCUGUCUAUGACCCUACACAAUGAGUGUCUCUAAGUUAACAAAACGAUCAUGAUACUCAUCUCUAAGGAUGCCCCUGAAGAGAAAUACAAUAUUUGUGGUGACUAUUUACAUUUUACAUUUUAGUCAUUCAGCAGACGCUCUUAUUCAGAGCGAUUUACAGUUAUUGCAUUAAUCUGAAGAACAGUCAGUCAUUCAUCUGAAGAACAGUCAGUUCAUUCAUCUGAAGAACAGUCAGUCAUUCAUCUGAAGAACAGUCAGUUCAUUCAUUUGAAGAACAGUCAGUCAUUCAUCUGAAGAACAGUCAGUUCAUUCAUCUGAAGAACAGUCAGUCAUUAAUCUGAAGAACAGUCAGUCAUUAAUCUGAAGAACAGUCAGUCAGUAAUCUGAAGAACAGUCAGUCAUUAAUCUGAAGAACAGUCAGUCAGUAAUCUGAAGAACAGUCAGUCAUUAAUCUGAAGAACAGUCAGUCAGUAAUCUGAAGAACAGUCAGUCAGUAAUCUGAAGAACAGUCAGUCAGUAAUCUGAAGAACAGUCAGUUCAUUCAUCUGAAGAACAGUCAGUCAUUAAUCUGAAGAACAGUCAGUCAGUAAUCUGAAGAACAGUCAGUUCAUUCAUCUGAAGAACAGUCAGUUCAUUCAUCUGAAGAACAGUCAGUUCAUUCAUCUGAAGAACAGUCAGUUCAUUCAUCUGAAGAACAGUCAGUCAUUAAUCUGAAGAACAGUCAGUUCAUUUAUCUGAAGAACAGUCAGUCAGUAAUCUGAAGAACAGUCAGUCCAUUCAUCUGAAGAACAGUCAGUUCAUUCAUCUGAAGAACAGUCAGUUCAUUCAUCUGAAGAACAGUCAGUUCAUUAAUCUGAAGAACAGUCAGUCAUUAAUCUGAAGAACAGUCAGUCAGUAAUCUGAAGAACAGUCAGUCAGUAAUCUGAGAACAGUCCAUCUGAAGAACAGUCAGUUCAUUCAUCUGAAGAACAGUCAGUUCAUUCAUCUGAAGAACAGUCAGUUCAUUCAUCUGAAGAACAGUCAGUUCAUUCAUCUGAAGAACAGUCAGUUCAUCAUCUGAAGAACAGUCAGUUCAUUCAUCUGAAGAACAGUCAGUCAUUCAUCUGAAGAACAGUCAGUCAGUAAUCUGAAGAACAGUCAGUGAUUAAUCUGAAGAACAGUCAGUCAUUCAUCUGAAGAACAGUCAGUUCAUUCAUCUGAAGAACAGUGAGUUCAUUCAUCUGAAGAACAGUCAGUUCAUUCAUCUGAAGAACAGUCAGUCAUUCAUCUGAAGAACAGUCAGUUCAUUUAUCUGAAGAAGAGUCAGUCAGUAAUCUGAAGAACAGUCAGUCCAUUCAUCUGAAGAACAUUCAGUUCAUUCAUCUGAAGAACAGUCAGUUCAUUCAUCUGAAGAACAGUCAGUUCAUCAUCUGAAGAACAGUCAGUCAUUCAUCUGAAGAACAGUCAGUCAGUAAUCUGAAGAACAGUCAGUGAUUAAUCUGAAGAACAGUCAGUUCAUUCAUCUGAAGAACAGUCAGUCAGUAAUCUGAAGAACAGUCAGUCAGUAAUCUGAAGAACAGUCAGUCAUUCAUCUGAAGAACAGUCAGUCAGUAAUCUGAAGAACAGUCAGUGAUUAAUCUGAAGAACAGUCAGUGAUUACUCUGAAGAACAGUCAGUGAUUAAUCUGAAGAACAGUCAGUUCAUUCAUCUGAAGCGUUUUCUCUUAUUUGUACCUUUAUUUAACUAGGCAAGUCAAUUAAGAACAAAUUCUUAUUUACAAUAACGGCCUACCAAGAGGCAAAAGGCCUUUUGCGGGGACGGGGGCUGGGAUAAAAAUUUUUUUUUUUGGGUCAAAACACGCAUCACGACAAGAGAGACACCACAACACUACAUAAAGAGAGACCUAAGACAACAUCACAGCAUGGUAGCAACACAUGACAACACAGCAUGGUAGCAACACAACAUGACAACAACACGGUAGCAACACAACAUGGUAGCAGCACAAACAUGGUACAGACAUUGUUAGGCACAGACAACAGACAUGAAUGGCAAAGAGACAACGAUACGUCACGCGAAGCAGCCACAAGUUUCAGUAAGAGAGUCCAUGAUUGAGUCUAUGAAUGUAGAGAUGGAGAUCAAACUGUCCUGUGUUUUUUGCAGCUCCUUCCAGUUCGCCAGCUGCAGCGAACUGAAAAGAGGAGCGACCCAGGGUUGUGUGUGCUUUGGGGACCUUUAACAGAAUGUGACUGGCAGAACGGGUGUUGUAUGUGGAGGAUGAGGGCUGCAGUAGGUAUCUCAGAUAGGGGGGAGUGAGGCCUAAGAGGGUUUUAUGAAUAAACAUCAACCAGUGGGUCUUGCGUCGGGUGUACAGAGAUGACCAGUUUACAGAGGAGUUUAGAGUUCAGUGAUGUGUCCUAUAAGGAGAAUUGGUGGCAAAUCUGAUGGCCGAAAGGUAAAGAAUAUUUAGCCGCUCGAGAGUCUCCGUAAUCUAGCAUGGGUAGGAUGGUCAUCUGAAUCAGGGUUAGUUUGGCAGCUGGGGUGCUCUCCUUACGGAACCAUAUGACCUUUGUUUUGGAGGUGUUCAGAACAAGGGUUAAGGGCAGAGAAAGCUUGUUGGACACUAAGAAAGCUUUGUUGUAGAGCGUUCAACACGAAAUCCGGGGAGGGGCCAGCUGAGUAUAAGACUGUAUCAUCUGCAUAUAAAUGGAUGAGAGAGCUUCCUACUGCCUGAGCUAUGUUGUGAUGUAAAUAGAGAAGAGCGUGGGGCCUAGGAUGGAGCCUUGGGGUACUCCCUUGGUGACAGGCAGUGGCUGAGACAGCAGAUGUUCUGACUUUAUACACUGCACUCUUUGAGAGAGGUAGUUAGCAAACCAGGCCAAAGACCCCUCAGAGACACCAAUACUCCUUAGUCGACCCACAAGAAUGGAAUGGUCUGCCGUAUCAAAGGCUUAAAAAUAGCAGCACAACAUUGCUUAGAAUCAAGGGCAGUGGUAACAUAAUUUAGUACCUUUAAAGUUGCAGUGACACAACCACAUAUCUCAGUCAUAGUAAGUACAUUUUUCCUCAAUAAAGUAGCUAUCGGCAAAGUCAGAGCUAGUAAGGGGGGAAAAAGUCAAGUGCGAGUGUUAGUUCACAAAAGGCUUUCUUUGGGUGGGGUGGGGGGGUUGCUGUGGGAUUAUUUAAGAUACUCUUUGAAGAGGUAGGAUUUCAGAUGUUUUCGGAAGAUGGGCAGGGACUCUGCUGUCCUAGCUUCAGGGGGAAGCUGGUUCCACAAUUGGGGUGCCAGGACAGAGAAGAGCUUGGACUGGGCUGAGCAGAGCAGGACCUGCCCUCCCGUAGGGGUGGGUGGGCCAAGAUACCAGAGGUCGUAGAACAGAGUACUCAAGUUAGGGUGUAGGGUUUGAGCAGAGCCUGAAGGUAAGGAGGGGCGGUUCCUCUUGCUGCUCCGUAGGUAAGUACCAUGGUUUUGUAGUGGAUGCGAGCUUCGGCUGGAAGCCAGUGGAGUGUGUGGAGGAGUGGGGUGACAUGGGAGAACUUGGGAAGGUCGAACACCAGGCGGGCUGCAGUGUUCUGGAUAAGUUGCAGGGGUUUGAAGGCACAAGCGAGGAGCCCAGUUCAUCAGAGAGUUACAGUAGUCCAGACGGGAGAGGACAAGUGCCUGGAUUAGGACCUGCGCCGCUUCCUGUGUGAGGUAGGGUCGUACUCUACAGAUGUUGUAGAGCAUGAACCUGCGGGAGCGGGUCACUGCUUUGAUGUUUGCAGAGAACGACAGGGUGUUGUCCAGGAUCUCCCCAAGGUUCUUUGCACUCUGGGAGGGGGACACCGUGGAGUUGUCAACCGUGAUGGAAAGGUCUUGAAGAGGGCAGGCCUUCCCCGGGAGGAAGAGCAGUUCCGUCUUGUCGAGGUUGAGCAUGAGGUGCUGGGCUGACAUCCAAGCUGAGAUAUCUGCCAGGCACGCAGAGAUGCGUGUCGCAACCUAGGUGUCAGAAGGGGGGAAGGAGAAAGGUAGUUGAGUGUCGUCCGCAUAGCAAUGAUAGGAGAGACCAUGUGAUGAUAUGACAGAGCUGAGUGACUUGGUGUAUAGAGAGAAGAGGAGAGGGUCUAGAACCGAGCCCUGGGGGACACCAGUAGUGAGAGUAUGUGGUGCAGACACAGAUCCUCUCCACGUCACCUGGUAGGAUGCAAUCCAAAAGUGCACAGAACCUGAGACGCCCAGCCCUGAGAGGGUGGAGAGGAGGAUCUGAUGGUUCACGGUGUCGAAGGCAGCGGAUAGAUCUAGGAGGAUGAGGACAAAGGAGAGCGAAUCAGCUUUGGCAGUGAGGAGAGCCUCAGUGACACAGAGAAGAGCAGUCUCGGUUGAGUGACCCAUCUUGAAGCCUGACUGGUUAGGCUCAAGAAGAUCGUUCUGAGAGAGAUAGCAAGAGAGUGUUGGUCAUGUGUGUUAUGGAAAGAAAAGAAAUAAGCGAUACCGGUCUGUAGAUUUUGACAUCAGAUGGUCGUGGUCAGGAAUAAGGGAAGUGAGGAAUAGAAGGUCUCCAGAGAUGGUCUGAAGAAGGGAGGAGGGGAUGGUGUCCAGCGGGCAGGUUGUCGGACGGCCAGACCUCACUAGUCGCAGGAUGUCAUCUGGAGAGAGAGGGGAGAAAGAGGUCAAGGCGUAGGGUAGUUCUGUGUGAGCGAGACCAGUGGACUCAAUAGGCUGAGUGAAUGAGGAGCGGAUGUCGUCAACCAAUUUUUCAAAGUGGUUGACAAAGUCGUCCACAGAGAGGGGGGGGGGGGGGGGGGGGGGAUUAAGGAGGGAGGAGAAUGUGGAUAAUAGUUUUCUAGGGUUAGGGGCAGAAGCUUGAAAUUUAGAGUGAUAGAAAGUGGCUUUAGCAGCAGAUACAGAGGAAGAGAAGGUUGUUAUGUGAAUUUCUAUCUCUAAUUCAACCUAAGCUUGAAUCAUUACCAGAGGUUGUAAGGCUCUGGUUUUAAUCAUCAAUGAUUCAAGGUCCACAACCCACAAGGAUUAUCUCUAUUUUUAUUCAUGGAGAGCUCUGGCGCUAAAAACACAUACAUUACUGUUUUAUACCUCCUGACAAACAAAGGUACUUUGCUCCUCCCACCUUUAGGUGGCUUUUCUAAACAGUUUCCGCCUUCCCCUUCACCCUUGAAUGUUUAGUACCGCCCCCUCUGUUAGUGGGUUGACACUACAUGAUAAUUCUAACAUUUAUACUGUAUUUGGGGUGAAAUCCUUUAGUCAUUAUUCUUAAAAUGCAAAUUAAUCUAACAAAGGUAGAGAGGAGGGAGUGAAAGUCCUCCAGAAAGUUUAGUUUUCCUCUAUUUUUGCUCAGUUGCCCACAGCCCUGUUCUGAAAGCUCGCACGGUACAGGGGGGGAGGGCCGAGCCGCCCGGGAGGAAAGGGGACAGUGAAUGUCAUAGGAUGCAGAAAGGGAGGAUAGUAGGGUCGAAAGAGGCAGAAUCAGGAGACAGGAGGGAGAAGGAUUUAGCAGAAGGGAGAGAUGAUAGGAUAGAAGAGGAGAGAGUAGUGGCGCAUGACCAUCUGGGUAGGGGCUCAGUGGUUAGGGUUGGAGCAGUGGGAGACAGAAAAGGAAACAAAGUAGUGAUCAGAGACCUGGAGGGGGGUUGCAGUGAGAUUAGUAGGCAAACAGCCUCUAGUAAAGAUGAGGUCAAGCGUAUCGCCUGCCUUGUGAGUGGGAAAGGGUGUGGUCAAAAGAGUCAAGGAGGGGAAAGAAAGAGUUGGAAAGAAAUUAGUCGAAGGCAGACUUUGGGAGGUUGAAGUCGCCCAGUACGAAGAGGGGUGAGCCAUCGUCAGAAAAUUUGCUUAUAAAGGUGUCAAGCUCAAUGAGGUACUCUCUAAGGGCACCUGGUGGGCAUUAGAUGACAACAAUGUUAAGCUUGAGUGGACAAGUGACAGUGACAGCAUGGAAUUCAAAUGAGGAGAUGAACAGGUGAGAGAUGGAGAAAAUAGAACAUCUCCACUUAGGAGAAAUGAGCAGCCCUGUGCCACCACCACGACGACCAGAUGCUCUCGGACUAUGAGAGAAAACAUAGUCAGAUGAAGAAAGAGCCGCUGGAGUAGCAGUGCUCUCUGGGGUGAUCCAUGUCUCCGUCAGGGACAAAAAGUCAAGGGACUGAAGGGCAGCACAGGCUGAGAUGAACUCGCCGUUCUAGACCGCAGAUCAGCAGUUCCGAACGCUGCCGGAGACCCGGAAUUCCACAUACAGCGCCUUCAGAAAGUAUUCAUACCCCUUGACUUAUUCCAUAUUUUGUGUUACAGCCUUAAUUUAAAAUGGAUCAAAUAUAUUUUUUUCUCUCUCACCCAUCUACACACAAUACCCCAAAAUGACAAAGUGAAAACAUGUUUUUGGAACUUUUUGCUAAUAAAAAAUGAAAUACAGAAAUACACAAUAUAGAGUCGUGUAUUGCUGUACAUUGUGUCCUACUAGAACUUUCUGAAAAUUGUGUGCACAGUCUAAAUUUGAAGGGUUGCAGCCAAGAGGAGCGUCAAGAGGCCUACAGGGAGAUGUGGAUGGGAUGGAAAACACACAGAGCCAAAUUAGAUCUCAGAGUGUGCAAAGCUGUCAUCAAGGCAAAGGGUGGCUAUUUGAAGAAUCUCAAAUAUACAAUAUAUUUUGAUUUGUUUAACACUUUUUGGGGGGGGUUACUACAUGAUUCCAUAUGUGUUAUUUCACAGUUUUGAUGUCUUCACUAUUAUUCUACAAUGUAGAAAAUAGUAAAAAUAAAGAAAAACCCUGGAAUGAGUAGGUGUUCUAAAACCUUUGACUGGUAGUAUAUAUGUAGGUAUAGUUAAAGUGACUAUGCAUAGAUAAUAAACAGAGAGUAGCAGCAGCGUAAAAGAGGAGGUGGGGGGGGUGGGGGGGGGGGGACAAUGCAAAUAGUCUGGGUAGCCAUUUGAAUAGCUGUUCAGGAGUCUUAUGGCUUGGGGGGUAGAAGCUGUUAAGAAGCCUUUUGGUCCUAGACUUGGCGCUCCGGUACCGCUUGCCGUGCGGUAGCAGAGAGAACACUCUAUGACUAGGUUGGCUGGAGUCUUUGACAAUUUGUAGGGCCUUCCUCUGACACCGCCUGGUAUAGAGAUCCUUCCUCUGACACCGCCUGGUAUAGAGAUCCUUCCUCUGACACCGCCUGGUAUAGAGGUCCUUCCUCUGACACCGCCUGGUAUAGAGAUCCUUCCUCUGAUAUAACCAAUAGGCUAAAUGUAGGUACAUUUAGCUGGGGGGGGCAAUGAGGAGAUUCUGGAUCUUUCCCUCACGGUCCAGUGUAGCUCAGUUGGUAGAGCAUGGCGUUUGCAACAGCAGGGUUGUGGGUUCAAUUCCCACAGGGGGCCAGUAUGAAAAAACAACAACACAUUAUGCACUCACUAACUGUAAGUCGCUCUGGAUAAGAGGGUCUGCUAAAUGACUAAAAUGUGAAAUGGGGACGUGGGAGUGGCGUUGCCAUGGCGUUUCAAUUGUUUUAGUGAAAUUCAAUGGAUCUAUAAUAUUGUUGGGUUUCAUGUCUUCUCUCAUCUAGGUCGCCAUCGUCAUCAAGUACGUCUGCCAGUUUGGCUUCAUUCCCUUCAACCAGAACCUAAAGGUGGAUGGGAAUAAACCCUACCACCCUCCCAACAUCAUCGGAGUGGAGAAGAAAGAUGGAUACCUCGUCUACGACCUCAUACAGCUUCUAGCGCUCUUCUUCCACAGGUCCAUCCUGAAGGUAGAUAUGCGAUCGGUGCCUAAAGCGUCUCAGAGAAGGAGCGCUGAUCUAGGACCAGUUUUAACUUGUUGAACCAUAAUGAAGAAGAUCAAAUGGAGCGUAUUGUACCAGUGUUCAUACUGAACUGGGAUCAAGAUCACUAUGAUAGAACUGAUUUGUUAUUAUCAAGUUAUUACUGACAGCUCUUGGUCUCAGAUCGUAAUACAAUGUGAUCGAUUGUUUUGUCUCAUGCUCCAUUGGUACCCCUACCUCUCCUCUACACUCUCCCGUCGUAGUGUCAUGGCCUCUGGGACGAAGACAACCUUAAGGACACCCUCCGCCAGGACAGUGAGUCGAAGGAAGACGAGAGGACGGAGAAGGAGAGAGAGGCCACUCCCGUCCCCUCCACCCACCGCGAGAGGAAGGGCUCCACCCAGACCCCCGGGUCUAUAAACCUGGGCACGGGCACCUCCAUGGACUACCUCCAGCAGCAGACCUACCAGAGAAGGGAGAGCUCCAGUGGAGGGUCUCAUAACUCCCACCGCUCGAGCCACUCUCUACGCUCCAAGAGAGGUAAGGACACUUACUUUACUAGUAACUAUAAUUUACUUUACUUGGCUAUUUUAUAUUUACAUUUUAGUGAUUUAGCAGACGCUCUUAUCCAGAGCGACUUACAGUAGUGAGUGCGUACGUUUUCAUAUUUGUUCGUACUGGUCCCCCCGUGGGAAUCAAACCCACAACCCUGGCGUUGCAAGUGCCAUGCUCUACCAACUGAGCCACACGGGAACAUACUGUACUGUACUUGGCUACUUACUUAACUUGUCUACUUACUGUACUUUACUUGGCUACUUAGUGUACUUUGCUUGGCUACUUAGUGUACUUUGCUUUAAUUUGGCUACUUACUGUACUUUACUUGGCUACUUAUUUUACUUGUCUACCCACUGUACUUUACUUGGCUACUUAUUUUACUUGGCUACUUCCUGUACUUUACUUGGCUACUUAUUUUACUUGGCUACUUACUGUACUUUACUUGGCUACUUAUUUUACUUAGCAAAUUAGCCACUUUACUUUACUUUACUUGACUUUACAAUAGGGUUAGGGCCUCACUCAAUACAUUUAGAGAUGUAACCUCAUUACAUCUAGCCUUUAGCUCGUUGACAUGCGUUGCCAUGGUUUCUCCAGGAAGCACUAACUCCAGGAACAGUAGCCGUGGAGACGGGAGUGAGGUGUCAGUGCAGCAGAAGACUAAGAAACAGCUGAUCAUGGAGAAACUCAGAGAACAGAUGAUCAAAGCCAAGACCUUCACUAUCAAAAGGUGGGCUUGGUUGACUGAUUGAUUGAGUGGUUGAUUGAUUGGUUGAUUUAUUGAUUUAUUGAUUUAUUAAAUGGCUCUUUGUCAUAAAAUAACCUAACAUAAUAUUCUCCUACAUUUGUUUUGUGUUCUCUCCAGGACCAUGAAGGUCUACCUCCCUGUCCGUCGGUUCUUCUCCAACCUGGUCCACCCAGAGCACAGCGCUGUGAUAGACGUCUAUGUCCUCAUGUUCCUGGCCGACACCGCCGACUUCAUCAUCAUCGUCUUUGGGUUUUCUGCUUUUGGGGUAUGUCUUUACAUUUGACAUCAUCUUAUUAUCCUGUCAGAAACAGUCAGCAGGGUCCUGUGUGGCUCAGUUGGUAACCAUGUGGUCUUCGCAACACCAGAGUUAUGGGUUCAAUUCCCACAUGGAUCACAUAUUUAAAAAUGUGGCAUCAAUUAUUUCUUCUUCUUCUCAGAAACACUCAGCGGGAGCCGACAUCACGUCGUCUCUGUCGGAGGACCAGGUUCCCGGAGCCUUCCUGGUGAUGGUGCUGAUCCAGUUUGGGACCAUGGUGGUGGACCGGGCCCUGUACCUCAAGAAGACAGUGCUGGGGAAGAUCAUCUUCCAGGUCGUCCUGGUGUUCGGAAUUCACUUCUGGAUGUUCUUCAUCCUCCCCGGACUCUCUGAGAGGUAAAUACUCACCUAGUGAUGUCCAUUUGUUCAUUUGUUGAUUCGUUAAUUGGUUAAUUAGUUAUGGGAUCCAUUUCUGGAUGUUCUUCAUCCUGCCCAGACUUUCUGAGGUAACAACCCUGCCUAACACUUCCUAUAAAUACCCAUGAUGCAUUAUAACCACAUGUAUAAUGCUUUAUAUGCUAAUGUGUCAUAAUCUAUUUCAGGAUGUUCUUCAUCCUGCCUGGAGUCAAUGAGAAAUAUAAUUCUCUCCUUUCUGUGUUAAUUAGUUCAUUCAUCUGAUAUAAAUUCAUUUGAUUGAUUGAAUUAGUUGAUUUGUAAACAUAUCCAGUUUUUUUAGAUCUGCAUGAGUCCCUAGGGGGUAGGGGCUCGUGAUCGAUUAAGGAUCUAUCAUUAGUAACUGUGUUUAUCAAUAGUAACCAUGUUUAACAGGGUUUGUACCUCUGUCCACUUUGCAGGCGUUUCAAUGAGAACACUGUAGCCAAGCUGUGUUACUUUAUCAAGUGUAUCUACUUUGGGCUGUCAGCCUAUCAGAUCCGCUGUGGCUACCCCACCAGAGUCCUGGGUAACUUCCUCACCAAGAGCUACGACUACGCCAACCUCUUCCUGUUUCAAGGGUGAGUUGGGACACGGUAGGGAGUAGUAGGACAUUCAGCAUACGGCGCAUUCGGAAAGUAUUCAGACCCCUUGACUUUUUCCACAUUUCGUUACGUUACAGCCUUAUUCUAAAAUUAGUUAAAUAAAAACAUUUCCUCAUCAAUCUACACACAACACCCCAUAAUGACGAAGCGAAAACAGAUUUUGAUAACGUUUUGCAAAUGUAUAAAAAAACAAAAAACAGAAAUACCUUAUUUCCAUAAGUAUUCAGACCCUUUGCUAUGAGACUCGAAAUUGAGCUCAGGUGCAUCCUGUUUCCAUUGAUCAUCCUUGAAAUGUUUCUACAACUUGAUUGGAUUCCACCUGUGGUAAAUUCAAUUGAUUGGACAUGAUUUGGAAAGGCACACACUUGUCUAUAUAAGGUCCCACAGUUGACAGUACAUGUCAGAGCAAAUACCAAGCCAUGAGGUCAUAGGAAUUGUCCGUAGAGCUCCGAGACAGGAUUGUGUCGAGGCACAGAUCUGGGGAAGGGUACAAAAAAAUUCUGCAGCAUUGAAGGUCCCCUAGAACACAGUGGCCUCCAUCAAUCUUAAAUGGAAGAGCUGGCCGCCCGACCAAACGGAGUAAUCCGGGGAGAAGGGCCUUGGUCAGGGAGGUGACCAAAAACCCGAUGGUCACUCUGACAGAGCUCCAGAGUUCCUCUGUGGAGAUGGGAGAACCUUCUAGAAGACAACCAUCUCUGCAGCACACCACCAAUCAGGCCUUUAUGGUACACAAAAAAAUAAAUAAUGUAUGCACGCAUGACUGUAAGUCGCUUUGGAUAAAAGCGUCUGCUAAAUGGCAUAUUAUAUUAUUAUUAUUAUAUUAUGGUAGAGUGGCCAGACGGAAGCCACUCCUCAGUAAAAGGCACAUGACAGCCCGCUUGGAGUUUGCCAAAAGGCACCUAAAGACUCUCAGACCAUGAGAAACAAGAUUCUCUGGUCUGAUGAAACCAAGAUUGAACUCUUUGGCCUGAAUGCCAAGCGUCACGUCUGGAGGAAACCUGGCACCAUCCCUACGGUGAAGCAUGGUGGUGGCAGCAUCAUGCUGUAGGGAUGUUUUUCAGCGGCAGGGACUGGGAGACUAGUAAGGAUCGAUGGAAAGAUGAACGGAGCAAAGUACAGAGAUCCUUGAUGAAAAGCUGCUCCAGAGCGCUCAGGACCUCAGGCUGGGGUGAAGGUUCACCUUCCAACAGGUCAACGACUUGAACCCGAUCGAACAUCUCUGGAGAGACCUGAAAAUAGCUGUGCAGCGACGCUCCCCAUCCAACCUGACAGAGCUUGAGAGGAUCUGCAGAGAAGAAUGGGAGAAACGCCCCAAAUACAGGUGUGCCAAGCUUGUAGCGUCAUACCAAAGACUCAAGGCUGUAAUCGCUGCCAAAGGUGCUUCAACAAAGUACUGAGUAAAGGGUCUGAAUACUGAUGUAAAUGUCAUAUUUAAGUUUUAUAUUUUUUAUACAUUUGCAAAAAUGUAUAAAAACCUGUUUUUGCUUUGUCAUUAUGGGUUAUUGUGUAUAGAUUGAUGAGGGGAAAAAAACAAUUUAAUCAAUUUUAGAAUAAGGCUGUAAUGUAACGAAAUUUGGAAAAAAAUCAAGAUGUCUGUGUUCAGUGUUGUAGUACUCGAGCCCAGGACUCGUAACUUGACUCGGACUCGACCAUUAGUCACAAAGUCUCUCUCCCUUCCCAUAAUUCAACAUGCCAGAUAUGAGAAAUAGGUUUGAGUGUCCUAACCCAGUCCCCUCCAGGUUCCGUCUGAUCCCGUUCCUGUCUGAGUUGCGUGCAGUGAUGGACUGGGUCUGGACCGACACCUCCCUGUCCUUAUCCUCCUGGAUCUGUGUGGAAGACAUCUACGCACACAUCUUCGUCCUCAAGUGCUGGAGGGAGUCAGAGAGGGUUGGUUGUGUCCUCUGUUCAUGUGUCUACCGAACGCUUCAGAAGAAAAGUAUUCACACCCCUCGACUUUUCCCACAUUCUGUUGUGUUACAGCCUGAAUUUCAGAUGGAUUAAAUUUAGAUUUUAUUGUCACUGGGCCUCCACACAAUACUCCAUAAUGUCAGUGAAAUUAUGUUUAUAGACAUUUUUACAAAUUAAUUAAAAAUGAAAAGCUGAAAUGUCUUGAGUCAAUAAGUAUCAACCCCUUUGUUAUGGCAAGAUUAAAUAAGUUCAGGAGUAAAAAUGUGCUUAACAAGUCACAUAAUAAGUUGCAUUGACUCAUUCUGUGUGCAAUAAUAUUGUUUUAACAUGAUUCUUUAAUGACUACUUCAUCUCUGUACCCCACACAUACAAUUAUCUGUAAGGUCCCUCAGUCGAGCAGUGAAUUUCAAACCACAAAGACCAGGGAGGUUUUCCAAUGCCUCGCAAAGAAGGGCACCUAUUGGUAGAUGGGUAAAACAAAAAAAAGCAGACAUUGAAUAUCCCUUUGUGCAUUGUGACGUGAUUAAUUACACUUUGGAUGAUGUAUCAAUACACCCAGUCACUAAAAAGAUACAGGUGUCCUUCCUAACUCAGAUGCCAGAGAGGAAGGAGACCAUGAGGCCAAAUGGUGACUUUAAAACAGUUACAGAGUUUAAUGGCUGUGAUGGGAGAAAACUGAGGAUGGAUCAACAACAUUGUAGUUACUCCCCAAUACAGAGUGAACAGAAGGAAGCCUGUACAGAAUAUAAAUAUUCCAAAACAUGCAUCCUGUUUGCAACAAGACACUAUAGUAAUAUUGCAAAAGAAAUUGGCAAAGAAAAUCACCUUUGUUUGGGUCAAAUCCAAUACAACACAUUACUGAGUAUCACACUCAUGUUAUGGUUAUGCUUGUCAUCAUUAAGGAAUGCAGAGUUUUUCAGGAUAAAACAUUAACGGAAUGGAGCUAAGCUCAGGCAACAUCCUAGAGGAGAACCUGGUUCAGUCUGCUUUCCACCAGACACUGGGAGAUGAGUUCACCUUUCAGCAGGACAAUAACCUAAAACACAAGGCCAAAUCUACACUGGAGUUGCUUACCAAGAAGACAGUGAAUGUUACUGAGUGGCCAAGUUACAGUUUUAAUGAUCAACAACCAAUUUGACAGAGCUUGAAGAAUUUUGAAAAUAAUAAUGGGCAAAUAUUAUGCCGUCCAGGUGUGGGAAGCUCUUAGAGACUUACCCAGAAAGACUCACAGCUGUAAUCGCUGCCAAAGGUGCUUCUACAAAGUAUUGACUCAGGGGUGUGAAUAUUUCUGCAUUUCAUUUUGUCAUUAUGGGGUAUUGUGUGUAGAUGGGUAACAGAAAAAAAUUAUUUUUGAUCCAUUUUGAAAUCAGGCUGUAACACAACAAAAUGUGAAAUAAGUCAAUGGGUAUGAAUACUUUCUGAAGGCCACUGGUACCCCCAGUCCAUAACUAUAGUCCUCCUCUCCCCUCCCCUCCAGAGGUACCCCCAGCCCAUAACUAUAGUCCUCCUCUCCCCUCCAGAGGUACCCCCAGCCCAUAACUAUAGUCCUCCUCUCCCCUCCUCUCCCCUCCAGAGGUACCCCCAGCCCAUAACUAUAGUCCUCCUCUCCCCUCCAGAGGUACCCCCCAGCCCAUAACUAUAGUCCUCCUCUCCCCCUCCAGAGGUACCCCCAGCCCAUAACUAUAGUCCUCCUCUCCCCUCCAGAGGUACCCUCAGCCCAUAACUAUAGUCCUCCUCUCCCCCUCCAGAGGUACCCCCAGUCCAUAACUAUAGUCCUCCUCUCCCCUCCAGGGUUACCCCCAGCCCAUAACUAUAGUCCUCCUCUCUCCCCCUCCAGAGGUACCCCCCCAACCCAUAACUAUGUCCUCCUCUCCCCCUUCCAAGUACCCCCAGUCCAUAACUAUAGUCCUCCUCUCCCCCUCCAAAGGUAACACCCAGCCCAUACUAUAGUCCUCCUCUCCCCUCCAGAGGUACCCCCAGUCCAUAACUAUAGUCCUCCUCUCCCCUCCAGAGGUACCCCCAGCCCAUAACUAUAGUCCUCCCCUCCCCUCCCCUCCAGAGGUACCCUCAGCCCAUAACUAUAGUCCUCCUCUCCCCUCCAGAGGUACCCCCAGCCCAUAACUACAGUCCUCCCCUCCCCUCCCUCCCUCCAGAGGUACCCCUCAGCCCAUACCUAUAGUCCUCCUCUCCCCUCCAGAGGUACCCCCAGCCCAUAACUAUAGUCCUCCUCUCCCCUCCAGAGGUACCCCCAGCCGCGGGGCCAAGCUAAGAAGCCGGUGGUGAAGUAUGGGAUGGGAGGGAUGAUCGUCAUGCUUCUCAUCUGUAUCAUCUGGUUCCCUCUACUCUUCAUGUCUCUGGUCAAGUCUGUGGUGGGGGUGGUCAACAAACCACUGGACGUCUCCUUCUCCAUCACCCUGGCCGGGUUCCAGGUACUGUAGCAGAACUAAGGGUCUACUACUGAUAGGUCCAUCAGUUGAUCGGGAUCGGGAUUGAUCCGUCAGUUAGCCAGCCAGUUUUUGGUGACCUGCUUUUUGCUUAAGAUGUUCUGUAGAUUCCAUCCUACAUUAUGUCUUCCAGCCCAUCUUCACCAUGAGUGCUCAGCAGAACCAGCUCAGAGGAGUCUCCAGCCGUGACUUCCAUGGCACCUUCAUGAGGUCAUACCUGUCCUACCCUGUAAGUACACGGUUACAAGGAUUUUAUGUAUUUUAUGCAACUACUAUGUGUGUUGUCUCACUGGGUUGGUAGCCAAGCACAGGACAAAUCUACAUUGUAACAGAGGGAUAAUGUUAUCUUCCUCUCCUCUCCUCCUCUCCUCCUCUCCUCCUCACCUCCUCUCUUCCCCUCCUCCUCUCCUCCCUCGCCUCCUCCAUCCUCCUCUCCUCUCUCCUCUCCUCCUCUCUUCCUCUCCUCUCCUCCUCUCUUCCUCUCCUCCUCGCCUCCUCACCUCCUCUCUUCCCCUCCUCCCCUCCAACUCUCCUCCUCUCUUCCUCUCCUCUCCUCCUCUCUUCCUCUCCUCCUCACCUCCUCACCUCCUCUCUUCCCCUCCUCCUCUCCUCCUCUCCUCCUCUCCUUCUCUUCCCCUCCUCCUCUCCUCCUCUCCUCUCUACAGAAAGCGAUGCAGUGGUUGGAGUCCUACAUGCCAGAGGAUCUGACCAUAGCUGAGUUGGAGGGCAGCUCUAACAGUCUGUGGACCAUCAGUCCUCCCAGUAGAACUAACAUCAUGGAGAUGCUCAACUCCAAGGAACAGUUCCCCAUCACUGUAGCUUGGUCUGUCCAGCGGUAAGAACAUUCCCCAUCCCUGUAGCUUGGUCUGUCCAGCGGUAAGAACAGUUCCCCAUCACUGUAGCUUGGUCUGUCCAGCGGUAAGAACAGUUCCCCAUCCCUGUAGCUUGGUCUGUCCAGCGGUAAGAACAGUUCCCCAUCCCUGUAGCUUGGUCUGUCCAGCGGUAAGAACAGUUCCCCAUCCCUGUAGCUUGGUCUGUCCAGCGGUAAGAACAGUUCCCCAUCCCUGUUUGCUUGGGCUGUCCAGCGGUAAGAAAAAGUUUUUCCCCAUCCUGUAGCUUGGUCUGUCCAGCGGUAAGAACAGUUCCCCAUCCCUGUAGCUUGGUCUGUCCAGCGGUAAGAACAGUUCCCCAUCCUGUAGCUUGGUCUUUCAGCGGUAAGAACAAUUUAAAAAUUUUCCCUGUAGCUUGGUUGUCAGCGGUAAGAACAGUUUCCCAUCCUGUAGCUUGGUUUGUCAGGUAGAAAAAGUUCCCCAUCCCUGUAGCUUGGUCUGUAAGCGCGGGAAAAAAAGUUCCCCAUCCCUGUAGCUUGGUCUGUCCAGCGGGUAAGAAAGUUCCCAUCCCUGUAGCUUGGUUGUCCAGCGGUAAGAACAGUUUUCCCCCUCCCUGUAGCUUGGUCUGUCCGGUAAAAGGAGAAAAAGUUCCCAUCCCGUAGCUUGGUUGUCCAGCGGGUUUAAAAAAACAGUUCCCCAUCCCUGUCGCUUGGUCUGUCCAGCGGUAAAGAAACAGUUCCCAUCCCUGUAGCUUGGUGUCCAGCGGUAAAAAAACAGUUCCCAUCCCUGAGUUGGUCUGUCCAGCGGUAAGAACAGUUCCCCUCCUGUAGCUUGGUCUGUCCAAACGGUUAAGAAAACAGUUCCCCAAACCUGUAGCUUGGUCUGUCCAGCGGUAAGAACAGUUCCCCAUCCCUGUAGCUUGGUCUUUUCCAGCGGGGUAAAAAAACGUUCCCCAUCCCGUAGCUUGGUCUGUAGCGGUAAGAAACAGUUCCCAAACCCUGUAGCUUGGUCUGUCCAGCGGGAAUAAGAACAGUUCCCUCCCUGUAGCUUUGGGCUGUCCAGCGGUAAGAACAGUUCCCCAUCCUGUAGCUUGGUCUGCCAGCGGUUGAGAAAGUUCCCCCUCCCUGUAGCUUGGUCUGUCAGCGGUAAGAACAGUUCCCCAUCCGUAGCUUGGUCGUCCACCGGUAGAACCCUUCCCAACCCUUAGCUGGUCUGUCCAGCGGUAAGAAAGUUUCCCCAUCCUGUAGUUGGGCUGCCAGCGUAAGAAAGUUUCCCCUCCCCGUAGCUUGGUUUUGUCCCGCGGGGGGUAAGAACAGUUCCCCAUCCUGUAGCUUGGUUGUCAGCGGUGAGGUUCACUACGACUGGUCCGUUCUAAGAGUAAGUAGUGUUAGAGUAGUGUAGAGCAGUUGUUGGUGGAGACCUCUGCGUGUGAUGAGUUUGAAUAACAGACUGGAACUUUAAAGGAGGGUGGUGCUUGAAAUCAUUGUUCCUCCUCUGUUUACCAUGGUUACCUGCAAGGAAACACGUGCUGUCAUCAUUGCUUUGCACAAAAAGGGCUUCACAGGCAAGGAUAUUGCUGCUAGUAAGAUUGCACCAGUCACGAUCGUUGUGAGAAGCGGACCAAGGCGCAGCGUGAUAGGCGUACAUCUUUUAAUGAGUACUUUUCACAAAUAACAAAACAACAAAACGAUACGUGAAGUCUAAAGGUUCACCAACACAAACCUAUACAGAACAAGAUCCCACAAAUAACUAGUGCCAACAGGCUGCCUAAGUAUGGUUCCCAAUCAGAGACAACGAGAAUCAGCUGCCUCUGAUUGGGAACCACCCUGGCCAACAUAGAAAACACGAACUAGAACACAACAUAGAAAAUCACACAUAGAAAAUCCACACCCUGGCUCAACAUAUAAGAGUCCCCAGAGUCCCCAGAGGUGUGACAGUACCCCCCCCCAAAGGCGCGGACUGCGACCGCGCCAACCAAACCCAACAGGGGAAGGACCGGGUGGGCAUUCCGCCUCGGAGGCGGAUCCGGCUCCGGGCGUGACCACCACUCUCUCGCUACCCCCCCUUAGCGCCCCUGGUCUGGUCUGGCCCCGCUGGCCGGACCUGGACUGGACACCGGUGGAGCGGAUUGCUCAGGCUCCGGUGUGGAGCAGGCACCGGUGGAACAGGCACGGGCUGUGCCGGACUGACGACGCGCACCACUGGCUUGGUGCGGGGAGUAGGAACGGGCCGGACCGGGCUGACGACGCGCACCACUGGCUUGGUGCGGGGAGCAGGAACGGGCCGGACCGGGCUGGCGACGCGCACCACUGGCUUGGUGCGGGGAGCAGGACGGGCCGGACCGGGCUGACGACGCGCACCACUGGCUUGGUGCGGGGAGCAGGAACGGGCCGGACUGGGCUGGCGACGCGCACCACUGGCUUGGUGCGGGGAGCAGGAAUGGGCCGGACCGGGCUGGCGACGCGCACCACUGGCUUGGUGCGGGGAGCAGGAACGGGCCGGACCGGGCUGGCGACGCGCACCACAGGCUUGGUGCGGGGAGCAGGAACGGGCCGGACCGGGCUGACGGACGCGCACCACAGGCUUUGUGCGGGGAGCAGGAACGGGCCGGACCGGGCUGACGACGCGCACCACAGGCUUGGUGCGGGGAGCAGGAACGGGCCGGACCGGGCUGGCGACGCGCACCACAGGCUUGGUGCGGGGAGCAGGAACGGGCCGGACCGGGCUGACGACGCGCACCACAGGCUUGGUGCGGGGAGCAGGAACGGGCCGGACCGGGCUGGCGACGCGCACCACUGGCUUGGUGCGGGGAGCAGGAACGGGCCGGACCGGGCUGGCGACGCGCACCACUGCCUUGGUGCGGGGAGCAGGAACGGGCCGGACCGGGCUGACGACGCGCACCACAGGCUUGGUGCGGGGAGCAGGAACGGGCCGGACCGGGCUGGCGACGCGCACCACUGGCUUGGUGCGGGGAGCAGGAACGGGCCGGGGCGGGCUGGCGACGCGCACCACAGGCUUGGUGCGGGGAGCAGGAACAGGCCGGGGCGGGCUGGCGACGCGCACCACAGGCUUGGUGCGGGGAGCAGGAACAGGCCGGACCGGGCUGGCGACGCGCACCACAGGCUUGGUGCGAGGGGCAGGAACAGGCCGGACCGUACUGGGAACACACACCACUGGCCUUGUGCGGGGAUCAGGAACGGGCCGGACCGGACUGGUAACACACCCCAGUACCUCUCGCCGUGCCUCUACACUCUCGUUCCCCCUCAUGACCAAUGGCCCCCGUAACCUGGUGGCCUCCUCUCCUAGUCCGCAAACUCGCCCUGUAGCUGCCUCCAGCAGCCCCGUCAUCCAUGCCGUGUGCCCCCCCAAAAAAAUUACUUGGGGUUGCCUCUCGCCUGUCCGACGACGGCCCGGUUGGCGCCGCUUCUCCUCUCCUGCCUGGGCAUCCUCCCUCAUCGCCCUCCGGUAGCGGACGGCCUCCUCCUCUGUGAUUCUCCCCCAACCGAGGAGGGCAUCUACCAGAGUAACCUCCUGUUCCAAACCCGGCGUUUGCUCCUGCACACGCUGCUUGGUCCUAUUUUGGUGGGAUCUUCUGUCACGAUCGUUGUAAGAAGCGGACCAAGGCGCAGCGUGAUAGGCGUACAUCUUUUAAUGAGUACUUUUCACAAAUAACAAAACAACAAAACGAUACGUGAAGUAUGUGUCAUAUUAGAUUAGUAGAGUAGAGAUUAGUAGAGUAGAGAUGAGUAGAGAUUAGUAGAGAUUAGUAGAGUAGAGAUUAGUAGAGUAGAGAUGAGUAGAGAUUAGUAGAGUAGAGAUUAGUAGAGUAGAGAUUAGUAGAGAUUAGUAGAGUAGAGAUGAGUAGAGUAGAGAUGAGUAGAGAUGAGUAGAGUAGAGAUGAGUAGAGAUGAGUAGAGUAGAGAUGAGUAGAGAUUAGUAUAGUAGAGAUUAGUAGAGAUUAGUAGAGAUUAGUAGAGUAGAGAUGAGUAGAGAUUAGUAGAGUAGAGAUGAGUAGAGAUUAGUAGAGUAGAGAUGAGUAGAGAUUAGUAGAGUAGAGAUUAGUAGAGAUUAGUAGAGUAGAGAUUAGUAGAGUAGAGAUGAGUAGAGAUUAGUAGAGUAGAGAUUAGUAGAGUAGAGAUUAGUAGAGUAGAGAUGAGUAGAGUAGAGAUGAGUAGAGUAGAGAUUAGUAGAGUAGAGAUUAGUAGAGUAGAGAUGAGUAGAGAUUAGUAGAGUAGAGAUGAGUAGAGUAGAGAUUAGUAGAGUAGAGAUAAGAGGAUCUUUAUUUUCUCAGCCAUACAGAUUCAUUUUAAUCACAUAAAUGUGUCAUAUUACAUUUUGCUUUAAAGUCUCAUAAACCUGUUUGAGAUUAUAAAAGAUGAUCUGAUCAUUUCAAUCAGGAACCUGACUCUGGGAGCGAAGGCUGAGUUUGCGACUGGGAAGAAGGUGACGUUCCUGGAUGAUCCAACCAAACUGGAGCUGAGCCUCCUGCUCAACGGGACAAGGCGAGGCGGAGUGUGAGUCUACUUUCUAUGGGUCAAUUAUUCUUUUGAUUUUUUUUAUCAAACUACUUUUAUCUUAUAGCUAGAAUCUGCAUUUGAAACAAUAACAAAGCGCCCCGCCUCUGUUUUGGUAAAAAACUGAGAAAUGUAACCACUUUCAAAAUUAUAACAAUGUUUUGAGGCUAUGCAGUGUUUGUUUACAUUUACGUUGUUUACAAACAUACAUUUUGGGUUCUGAUGAAGUACGACAAUUGAACUAAACUCAUGAGGCAUUUAAACCGUAAAACUUCAACGCUGAGUCUCAAAAAGCCACCUGUCCCUUUUAAUAGAUGGGCAACGGCACGCAUUUCAGCAAAUAAACGCUUGUUUCACAUUUAAUGCCGGGUCUAAAUGAAUUAUUUACGAGGUUACCAUUAAUUACCAUUAAUUGUUUACGAGGUUUAAUGUUUGAUUUGUUACAUUCAAUAAUUCAGUAAUGACUCGAAAAAAUGAUGGCAAUCAUCUGUUUUUAUCGCCAGUAAGAAACUGCUAGUCAUUGGCUGCUAACAGCUGAGAACUGCUAGCUAACUGGCUGCUAACAGCUGAGAACUGCUAGCUAACUGGCUGCUAACAGCUGAGAACUGCUAGCUAACUGGCUGCUAACAGCUGAGAACUGCUAGCUAACUGGCUGCUAACAGCAGAGAACUGCUAGCUAACUGGCUGCUAACAGCUGAGAACUGCUAGCUCCAAUUUGUAAGUCGCUCUGGAUAAGAGCGUCUGCUAAAUGACGUAAAUGUAAUGUAAAUGUAACUGGCUGCUAACAGCUGAGAACUGCUAGCCGUUUGCUGCUAACAGCUGAGAACUGCUAGCCAUUUGCUGCUAACAGCUGAGAACUGCUAGCUAACUGGCUGCUAACAUCUGUGAACUACUAGCCAUUGGCUGCUAACAGCUGAGAACUGCUAGCCGUUGGCUGCUAACAGCUGAGAACUGCUAGCUAACUGGCAAGCACAAAAACAGUCAACAACUUCGGGAGUACAGAAACCUAGAAAGUAACAACUGCCGAAAAUGCACAGUCAAAGAGGUUAGUUUAUUCUUGUCAUGGUCAUUUUUUAAAAUAGAGGCAUACUGAGACACAAUAAACGUGACACUAGCUAGGUUUCCAACCAAUUGGCGACAGAUUUUCAUGCAAAUAUUCUAAGAUCUAAAUCAAUUAAAUAUGCGCAUUUUCCCUCCAGAGGUGUGUUUCCAUCAAAUUGACUUGUUGCGGAUAAAGGUCUGUGUGUGAUGACGUAGUGUCCAUAAACAUUUAUUUUGCGGUUAAAUUCCCUUAUACCGAAUAAAAAAUACAAGUUAAAUGGGUUUCCAUCGCAUUUUCAGCUCUACUGAUGGUUUUGUCACAAAAAAUAUUGCUUUUAUGUAGUGAAGUGCAGACCAGUCAAUUUCUUCCACACCGAUCUUGACAAACCAUUUCUGUAUGGACCUCGCUUUGUGCACGGGGGCAUUGUCAUGCUGAAACAGGAAAGGGCCUUCCCCAAACUGUUGCCACAAAGUUGGAAGCACAGAAUUGUCUAGAAUGUCAUUGUAUGCUGUAGCGUUAAGAUCUCCCUUCACUAGAACUAAGGGGCCUAGCCCGAACCAUGAUAAACAGCCCAGACCAUUAUUCCUCCUCCACCAAACUUUACAGUUGGCACUAUGCAUUGGGGCAGGUACAAUGCCUUGCAAAAGUAUUCAUCCCCCUUUGCUUUUUUCCUAUUUUGUUGCAUUACAACCUGUAAUUUAAAUCGAUUUUUAUUUGGAGUUCAUGUAAUGGAUAUACACAAAAUAGUCCAAAUUGGUGAGGUAAAAUGAAAAAUGUAACUUUCAAAAUAUUCUACAAAAUAAAUAACGGAAAAGUGGUGUGUGCAUAUGUAUUCACCCCCUUUGCUAUGAAGCCCCUAAAUAAGAUCUGGUGCAACCAAUUACCUUCAGAAGUCACAUAAUUAGUUAAAUAAAGUCCACCUGUGUGCACUCUAAGUGUCACAUGAUCUCAGUAUAUAUACACCUGUUCUGAAAGGCCCCAGAGUCUGCAACACCACUAAGCAAGGGGUACCACCAAGCAAGCGGCACCAUGAAGACCAAGGAGCUCUCCAAACAGGUCAGGGACAAAGUUGUGGAGAAGUACAGAUCAGGGUUGGGUUAUAAAUAAAUAUCAAAAACUUUGAACAUCCCACGGAGCACCAUUAAAUCCAUUAUUAAAAAAUUGAAAGAAUAUGGCACCACAACAAACCUGCCAAGAGAGGGCCGCCCACCAAAACUCACAGACCAGGCAAGGAGGGCAUUAAUCAGAGGCAACAAAGAGGUCAAAGAUAACCCUGAAGGAGCUGCAAAGCUCCACAGCGGCGAUUGGAGUAUUGAUGUGUAUUUUUAAUGGUUUAUCAGAUGAAAUUGAAUUAAUCAUGAACAUAUAGUUAACAUUCUUUGUGGCUAACUGAAUUGGGCCGUUUGUUUUUGUCUCUCUCUUCAAACACAGUGAAGGGAGCGGCACCAGGGUUGAAUAGAGUUUGGGCUAGACCUUUGUCUCCUUGGUAUCUUCUUGAUUGAUUACAGCUUGAGGGGGUGAGGUACAGGGGAGCGGGUGAUUGGUUGGAGUAAUAGUUCAGCCGUCCUCAGGGACAAAGGAAGUGGGCGGAGCAAUAAAAGAGCGGGAAAACUGAAGAGGACUAUAUAAGAUGGAGGGGGACCUUAAGAAUGUGUGCCCCUCUGCAGACGGGUAUCGGCUUUGUUGAAAACUUUAAUAAAGUCAUUUCUUGAUGCAACAAAAACUCUGUAAGACCUUAUUUGUAAUAAAGUAUGGUGGUUAUUUUCCACAACAGUAUCUGUCCAUAGGACCACUUUAAGCCGUACACUCCACAGAGCUGGGAUUUACAGAAGAGUGGCCAGAAAAAAGCCAUUGCUUAAAGAAAUAAAUAAGCAAACACAUUUGGUGUUCGCCAAAAGGCAUGUGGGAGACUCCCCAAACAUAUGGAAGAAGGUACUCUGGUCAGAUGAGACUAAAAUUCAGCUUUUUGGCCAUCAAGGAAAACGCUAUGUCUGGCGCAAACCCAACACCUCUCAUCACCCCGAGAACACCAUCCCCACAGUGAAGCAUGGUGGUGGCAGCAUCAUGCUGUGGGGAUGUUUUCCAUCGGCAGGGACUGGGAAACUGGUCAGAAUUGAAGGAAUGAUGGAUGGCGCUAAAUACAGGGAAAUCCUUGAGGGAAACCUGUUUCAGUCUUCCAGAGAUUUUAGACUGGGACGGAGGUUCACCUUCCAGCAGGACAAUGACCCUAAGCAUCCUGCUAAAGCAACACUCGAGUGGUUUAAGGGGAAACAUUUAAAUGUCUUGGAAUGGCCUAGUCAAAGCCCAGACCUCAAUCCAAUUGAGAAUCUGUGGUAUUACUUAAAGAUAGCUGUACACCAGCGGAACCCAUCCAACUUGAAGGAGCUGGAGCAGUUUUGCCUUGAAGAAUGGGCAAAAGUCCCAGUGGCUAGAUGUGCCAAGCUUAUAGAGACAUUCCCCAAGAGACUUGCAGCUGUAAUUGCUGCAAAAGGUGGCUCUACAAAGUAUUGACUUUGGGGGGGUGAAUAGUUAUGCACGCUCAAGUUUUAAAAAAAACGUAUUUCUUGUUUGUUUCACAAUACAAAAUAUUUUGCAUCUUCAAAGUGGUAGGCAUGUUGUGUAAAUCAAAUGAGACAAACCCCCCCAAAAUCCAUUUUAAUUCCAGAUUGUAAGGCAACAAAAUAGGAAAAAUGCCAAGGGGGGUUAAUACUUUCGCAAGCCACUGUAGCGUUCUCCUGGCAUCCGCCAAACCCAGAUUCGUCCGUUGGACUGCCAGAUGUUGAAGCGUGAUUCAUCACUCCAGAGAACGCGUUUCCACUGCUCCAGAGUCCAAUGGAGGUGAGCCAUGGAAACCCAUCCCGACAAACAGUUACUGUGCUGACGUUGCUUCCAGAGGCAGUUUGGAACUAGGUAGUGAGUGUUGCAACCGAGGACAGACGAUUUUUACGCGCUACGUGCUUCAGUACUCGGCGGUCCCGUUCUGUGAGCUUGUGUGGCCUACCACUUCGCGGCUGAGCCGUUGUUGCUCCUAGACGUGUCCACUUCACAAUAACAGCACUUACAGUUGACCUGGGCAGCUCUGGCAGGGCAGCAAUUUGACGAGCUGACUUGUUAGAAAGGUGGCAUCCUAUGACGGUGCCACGUUGAAAGUAACUGAGCUCUUCAGUAAGGCCAUUCUACUGCCAAUGUUUGUCUAUGGAGAUUGCAUGGCUGUCUGCUCGAAUUUUAUACGCCUGUCAGCAACGGGUGUGGCUGAAAUAGCCGAAUCCACUAAUUUGAAGGGGUGUCCACAUACUGCUGUAUAUAUAGUGUAACUUAUUUCAUCUGUAGCCUAAUAAGCUGCAUGCUUUCCCGAGUUGUAGUGGGAGCAUAACAUAACAUGUCAUCGCGUGACUUCAUCGAUAUGAUGGUCAUUAUAUCAAUAUUUGCACAUAAAAGCGUUUCCACCGCAAUUUCUCACAUCAUUAAUUUUACUGACACAAAAAACCCACCUUGUCUAGUGUAUUUUGUCUUGUCGACAUUUGGAAAGUUUACCGAAAAAUGUGCCGUUUCCAUCUGGCCUGUUGUGACAUUUUGCAUCCAACAUACUAAGGUUGGAUGGAAACCUGGUUACUGUGUGUGAAUGAUAACAGGUUAGUGCAGGAAAUGAAGAAAUUGAUUAAAAUGGUGAAAGUGGAAUGCUGGAAUUAAACAAUUAACUAUGCAAAUGAGCAAAAGUUGGUGCGUUAAGGAAAUAGAAGCCUGGCUCAAAUAGAAGCCUGUCGCUAAAAAGCGCCUGUUGUGUUCAGUGAUUUAAGCAAAUAAACGCCCAGGCUAUUAAUUGAAGUUUUACGGCAAGUUAUAUUCUUCAAGAAUCAGUGGGGCAUGGACUCUACAAGGUGUCAAAAGCGUUCCACAGGGAUGCUCAAAGGCACUUAAAUAUUUUGUCUUGCCCAUUCACCCUCUGAAUGGCACACAUACACAAUCCAUGUCUCAAUUGUCUAAAGGCUUAAAAAUCCUUCUUUAACCUGUCUCCUCCCCUUCAUCUACACUGAUUGAAGUGGAUUUAACAGGUGACAUCAAUAAGAGAUCAUAGCUUUCACCUGAUCAGUCUACAGUAUGUCCUGGAAAGAGUAGGUGUCAUUAAUGUUUUGUGUACUCAGUGUAUAUCAUUUAUUUAUAAAAAAUAAAAUAAAGGAUGUCGUAAGUAUUCUAGCUUUAAAAAACUAAUCUGAAAUAUUGUUUCUAUGUGAUAACUGUUGUUAGUAACAACCAGUUGUAUUCUUCUGUUACCAGGGUGAUAAAACAUGUCUUCCCGCGGUAUCUCCGAGCCCCUAGUACCUCCGAGGCCAAGCCCAUAGAACAGCUGUAUAAA